AUGAUAUUUGCUGUGGAGAAAAUCAAUGCAAACUCAGAUCUUCUUCCCAACAUCACUUUGGGCUUCAAGAUUUUUGACACUUGUGCCGCCAUGAGACGGGCAGUAGAAGGGACAUUCUGGAUGUUAUCAGGAGGAAGUAAAAGCAUUCCCAGUUACCAAUGGCAAGAGAAAACACACCUUGCUGGUAUCAUUGGUGACUCUGGAUCAGUGCGUUCUAUUCUAAUGGCUCAGAUAUUGGGAAUUUACAGAUAUCCACAGGUAGGAAAACAAUAAAAUCAACCUUUCUAGAAACACAAAACUGAGCAAGUCUCCUCAUCCUUAUUUUAAGAUUAUUGUCAGAGAAAUGUGUUUUAUUUUUUUUUUUGUAAAUCUUUUUUAUUAUAUGACAGGAUGAAAUUACAUAGUUGCGUGAUUACAAUAUUUUAGACAUUGUACAGUACACCAAAAGUUACAGAUCGGAAGCGGAAAUCCUGUACAGUUUUUUGAACAGUGAAAUUUUUGUUUCCCUUUUCCCCCCCACUCUGUUCUCCCUCCUCCCCCCUCCCUUCCAGUUUACUUUAUUACUUUGCUUUGUUUUGUUUUGCGUUAGUGUGUGUAUGUGUCCCAAAGCUUGGUUUUGUGAGUUACGUAGGGUAGCUAAGUAUAACUUUGAGACUCGCAGGUCUCUGCAUUCCAUAUGUAUACGGAUCUACAGCAUGCUGUGUGUGUAGAUUGAGAGGGGAUCUAAAUGCUAGAUGAUAAGGCAGUUCGUGUGGGACAAGUUUUUUGUCCAAGUUCGUCAUGUUAGGUAUGGAUGUGUUGGCGAACAUCGGGCCGUGUUUAUCACUUGUAUGUAGUUUAGCUGGGUCUCCCCGCUGGUCCGUUUUGUGAGCGCAGUGGUUAGGUGUUAUGUGUUGAUUAGUGGUUUGUGUGAUAUGUGUCCCUGUCUCUGUUACGUUAUCUUAUAUGGCUAUGGGUGUUGUCAUCACUCCUUGCAGCAGAGCCUACAGUUCGCGUGAUUUCCCGUACGUGAUUCCUUAGUUGCGUCAGUAAUGUGUGUAUCAGUGACCUCGUAAUAUGCGUUUGGAGUGGGUUUAAGAGGUUGAGUGCCUUUUGCGUUAUAUGAGCGUUAGCUCUUCUCUCUACACUUUUCCGUGCUGGAAUGUGUAACAAGGCAUGGUAUGACUCGUGGUUCCCAAGGGGGUCCGAACAUUUCUCAGAUCCCGUCAGGGCUGGGUGUUCAUCUUUUUAGUAUUUCAGAGGUCAGUGGUGCUUUUGUGUGGUGAUGUAUCUCUCCGAUCCCGCCCCCGUCUCCCCGGGCCCGGGGUCCGCCCAAUGAAAGAGAAAGAGAAAAGAAGAAGAAGAAGGAAAAAAAAAAAUGGGGGGGUGAGGAAGUGUGGCUUACAGGUGGGGUGGGUUGUUUCUGGUGGGAUCCGCAUCUGCUGUUGCCCCGUCGGUUCGGGGGCGUCGCCCGCUUGUCUGUAGCGGGUGAUGUAUAGAAACCAUGGGAGCCACAGUUCUGUAUGUUUUGUUGCACGACCCGUCAGGGAGGCGUGUAUUUCUUCUGCUCCGUGGAUGUCUUCUACUCUGCGGAUCCAUUCCUUCUUAGUUGGUACAUCGCUUUUCUUCCAGUGUGCCAGUAUGUUAGCUUUGGCCACGUUUAGUAAGUGACGCAAUAUUGAUCUUUUAUACGUCCGGAUCAAUUGUGUUGUUAUGUGUAGUAGGGCUAGUUCCGCGCUCCAUUCCGGGAUAUCCCCCAGAAUGUCGGUCACAGUGUUCUUAAUCAUUGCCCAGUAUGGGGUAAUGUCUCUGCAUUCCCACCAUAUAUGUAUCAAUGUGCCGCGUUCUGCCUGGCAUCUCCAACAAGUCGGGGUGGUUGAUGGGAAAAUCUGGUGUAGGAGGGACGGCGUUCUGUACCAGAGGGAGAGCAGUUUGUAGUUUACCUCUUGGUAGUAUGAGCUCAUAGAGCUUUUUUGCUGCCACAGUAGCGCUGAGUCCCAUUGUGAGGGUGUGAGCGCCUCUCCAAGUUGUCCUUCCCAUUGGCGACGGAAGGUGGAAGCCUGGGUUGUGUUUCCGAUAAUUAGGUGUUGGUAGAGUGCUGAUAUGGCAUGGUCUAGUGCGGUGCCACUGUCACAGAGGCCCUCAAACCAGGUGAGGUCUCUGUGCAAGCGAUCUUUAUGUGGCAUUGUGUCAUGGUAGUGUUUUAAUUGUAGAUAUCUAAGCACCGUGAGGGGGGUCCUUGGUUAGUCACCUAAUAAUGCGGUUAGGUCCCGGACUCUGCCACCUCCGAGGGCUUUGUGUAUGGGGAUGUAAUCCCUCUCACUCGAGAUGGGCCAUGCACCGGGUGGGAGUCCACCUCCCAAGGCCUCGUUAUGAGUGAGUGGGAUCAUCGGGCUAGGGGUGGGCGAUAUAUAGCUCUGAUCUCUCAGCGAUCUCCAACCGGUGAUUGUUUGCAGUAUCAGCCCCUCAUUGUUUUGGGCCGCCGGGCCUCUCGUCGUCCCCCAUAUCCUCAUUUCCAGUGUUGGUCCGAUUAGGCCAUUGUUUCGUUAUAGGUUCCUGGUGCAAGUCUAGUAUCCGUUGCAUUACCGUGGCUUGGUGAUAUUUCUUGAUGUCUGGUAGAGCUAGUCCACCAUGGUUCCUUGGUCGGCAGAGUAUAUCAUGUCGAAUUCGGGAGCGUUCCCCUCACCACACAAAUUUAAUUAUCGCCAUUUUCAGGGCGGAGAAGAAGGUCCCUGGGAUGGCUAGUGGGAUUGUUUGCAUGAGGUAUAGGAUUCUCUGCAGUAUGUUCAUCUUGAGGAUCGCAACUCUUCCAUGCCAGGUUACAUGUGGGUACGACCAUCUAGUCAGGUCCGCUAAAAUUGUUUUCAGGAGAGGCACGAAGUUGAGUCGGUAUAUGUCUUCUGGGUCUGUGGUCACCCAGAUGCCCAGAUACUUCAUCCGUCCAUAGCACCAAUGGAAAGCGAAUUGCGAAUCCAGGGAUAUGUAUUCUUCCGUGGGGAUCGUGAUGUUCAGGACCUCACAUCUUGAGAGAUUAAGUUUGAAGCCCGAGAUCUUCACAAAUUUGUCGAAUUCGGAGAGGAGGCACGGCAGAGUUGUUCUAGGGUUCUGUACAAAGAAUAAGAGGUCAUCUGCAUAUGCAGCCACUUUAUGGUUUGUUCCUCGCCAGCUGUAUCCUUGAAUGUUUGGGUUUAGGCGUAUCUUCUGGAGCAGUGGUUCCAGGGUCAUAGCGAACAGGAGUGGUGAUAGUGGGCAGCCUUGUUGGGUACCAUUGCUGAUUGUAAAGUCUGCUGUCGUGGCCCCGUUGACUCUCACGUUUGCGUGUGGUUUGCUGUAGAAAGCUAAUACCCAUGCGAGUAGUCUCUCCCCGCAUCCCAUGUGUUUUAGGGUGGUCAUCAUGUACGACCAGUCAACCCUGUCAAAUGCUUUUUCCGCAUCUGUAGAUAAUAGUAGCAUUUUAGUCUUUGUCUUCCUUGCGUGUUGUUGGAUUGAAAAUAGUCGUAAUGUGCUAUCUCUGGCCUCUCUGCCCGGGAUGAAGCCUGUCUGGUCCGCGUGUAUCAAUUCUGGAAGGGAGUUGUUGAGCCUGCUCGCUAUAACUUUCGUGAUUAAUUUGGCGUCUACAUUAAGCAACGAUAUGGGACGAUAGCUACCGCAAAGCAAUGGAUCCUUUCCUGGCUUGAGCAAGACCGUGAUGGUCGUGGCCAAGGAUUCCGCGCCCAGGUUUCCUCCGUCUCCCACAGCGUUGAUCGCUUUAGUCAGCCAUGGUAUCAGGAGGCCAGAGAAGCUCUUAUAGUAUCCAGUCGAGAAACCAUCUGGUCCCGGUGCCUUGCCUGGUUUGGACACUUUCAGUGCCACUGCAAGCUCCUCUGUGCUGAUUGGCGUGUCGAGUGCCGAAGCUGAUGCUUGGCUAAUCGUUUUGGCGAUCGUGUCAGAUAAGUAGUCUCUUAUCUGAGUGGUUCUUCUUUCAUCACUCGUUGUCCUCGUGGGUGGGCGUAGAUUGUAAAGGGUUUGGUAGUAGGUCCUAAACUCAUCAGCGAUUUUUUUUUUUUUGUGGGUAGGGGGUCACUUCUCCCGAGGAGAGGCGGAGUUUGCGUAUUUGUCUACCGGGCGUAGGGUCUUUUAAUAAUCUAGCCAGGUAUUUCCCCCCUUUAUUGGCGUGUGCGUAGUAAAAACCUUUUGUGCCUUGUAGAUUACGGAGAUGCUUUUUUGUGAUGAGUUCUUUAAGUGCCCUUCUGUGUUCCAUCAAUUCCCCGUAUAUUUCGUGUAGUUGGGAUCUUUUGUGCUGAUUUUCCAGCGUCGAUAUCUUUCGGUAUAGGUUGGUCAUCUCGAUCAUAUUCGCUUUCCGUUUUUGCGAGGCAAUGCGGAUGAGUGCUCCGCGAACUACGCUCUUAUGUGCCUCCCAUACGGUUAUCGGGGAGACCUCUGGUGUGUCAUUGUCUAUGAAGUAGUGUUCUAGCUCUCUGGUUAUUUGUUCUCUGGUGGCUGGAUCAAGUAGGAGAGCCUCGUUAAGUCUCCACGUCCAUGUCGCUGGGCGGAACAUGGGGGACUCCAUUUCUAAUCUGACAGAGCCAUGGUCCAACCACGUAGACGGGUCGAUGUCCGCAUUGAGUAAGCGAACGAGUCCCUCCUGCGUGAUGAAGAGGUAGUCUAUGCGAGAGUAGCGGUUGUGUUCUCCAGCCAUCCACCAGUCUCAGGUCUUCCAGCGAUUUUCGGAUCAGCCGGAUGCUGCUUUGUGGAAUACUGCUAUGUCCCAAUGAUGAGUCUAAUAUUGGGUCCAAGGGUACGUUAAAGUCCCCCCCUACGAUUAGUAUUCCAUCCGUGAAUUCCUCUAGUAUGUGCAGCGUGUUUCGGAGGAAGGGUGCUUGUCUUCGGUUGGGAACGUAGAUGUUAGCCAGGGUGUAUAUCCUGUCGGCUAUGAUCCCCUUUAAGAAGAGGUACCGUCCGUGUGAAUCUUGUGCUCUCUCAAGUUCUUUGAAUUCAAGCUCGGCUGCUAAUAUUAUGGCUGUACCCGCUUUGUGUGACGUCGAAUGAUUAGAGAAAUAGUUGUUCGGGUAGUGUUUAUUUUGUAGCUUAGGUGCCACGCCUUCUUUGAAGUGGGUUUCCUGGAUCAUGGCCACUGCUAUUUGCUUUUGUUUCAGCAGAUGGGUUCUGCGUUCAGGGAUGUUGAGGCCUCUGCAGUUCUGGGUGAGGAUCCUCAGAGGUGUGUUUCGGUAGACCAUUCUCGUGGUAUAGACGGGGUGUUCCCUUAAGACCGAAUUGUAUGAGAAAUGGAAAAGGGAGAAGAAGAAAAAAAAAAAAAAGUGGAGGGGGGGGGAGUGAAGGGGUAGUACGUUAGUUUUCAAAGACGGUAUCCAAGCCCGGGGCACCGUGGAUCGGGACCAGUCAAGACCUGUUGUGGUGAUAGAAAGAAGUGUGCCCGGGUUGUGGUUUUAGUAUAUGGAUUGGUUGAACCCGGGUUUAGUUCCCUUAUGGGGAGACAAAAAUUAUAGAUCUCGUGCUGCAGACAGCACUAGUGGGGCCUCGCCUCGGUACCCACCCGGGGGUCGAGAGCGCCUAUAGCCUGUCUGCACUACUCUUAGCACGAGUAAGUGUGUUGGGAAACGCGAGUCAGGCUCCGCCCAAGGAUGUAAUCAACUCAAGAGUGGGAUCGUCCACCCCACCGGACCCUCUUUGGAUAGUGUCGUGCAAGUCCAAUUCUCCUGCGGGGUGUGCCUUGUGGUUUCAAUUAUGUAUCUCCAUGGCCAAGGCAAUGUCCCCGGCAUCGUUGGUUUUAAUAUCCCCCCCUCGCCCCAGUGUCCCUUGCCUCGUCUAUGUGCCCCCUGGGACGGUGAGCUCCCCCCCGUGCCCUAAGUGGUCUGGACCCUCUGCUUCCGGCUGCUGUGUGUUCCACUCUGUACCAAUUACGAUGUUAGUGGUAAAACUUAGGCCAAAUAUGUGUAUUCAGCUAUCGUUGGCCUUUCCUAUCUGUCUUCGUGAUGGUAGGUGACUACCAUCUCCCCUGGGUGAUUUCUGCCGGUGUCUCUCUAACUUAAUGUCUGACCAUUGAAGGGGGGGCACGUAGCGAGGGGGUGUAUCCAUGACCUAUUUACAUGGUGUGGUCAACAAUAACAUAGCAUAACAUAACAAGUUUCAACAUUUCAACAUUGCUUCAUCGACAUCACCCAAUAUCCCCCAUGUGACCCCCUGACCGUCAACAGCUGCCCAGCCCCGAUGUGAGUCCCCAGUGUUCCCCACAUGUCUUCCGUCGUGCGUGGGGUGGGGGGGCCCCCCAAGUUUUGAGUUGUGGGGUGCCCCGGGUCAGUGGCCCUCGUCACCUUGUGUUUCCCUCUAUGUGUAGUCGUAAGGUCCCAUUUGAUCAGUGUAGUGGUUAGUGUAAUUGCCCGUGGCAGUAUACGAUGAUUGGCGGUACCGGUCAUACGUCGGCCAGUCGUGUGUGAUGAGGUGCGUCGUCUUGUACUCCUUACUCAUCUGUCAACCCCCUCCCCCUGGUCGCAGUUAUACUCCACAUGCCCGGUAACAUGCUUGUAAACACUGUGUCUUCAUUCGGCAUCAUGGGUGUUGGGGAUCCAGGGAAGCAGAUUAGUGCCCAGUUCGCCACGGUAUUCAUCUCUACCCUAACCCGGAGCACCCCCACCCCAAAUAUAUGUACCCAGGUCUCCGUGAAGAGGUGGCAGCCAUUACACUGAGGAAAGAGGGGUAGGCCUGAGAGGUGCAUCUUGGUGGAAGUAUGGUCUCCCGGGGUAAACACGUGUUCCCCUGUUCUCCCCACCCAAAGUCCCUUGUGUGCUGUCCCGGCAUACCUGCAAGUGUCUCAGUCCAACUUAGCAGCACUGAUCAGUCAACAGGGGUCGGUGUCACUUUCUUUGGAGGGUUCUUUCUAGGUGCAGGUUAGGGGGGCCACAUGACUCAGGCUACUGUAAGGAUCAGGCGGGUCUGCACUCACUCCUCCGGGGAAGUCGGGUUCCUGCGCCGUCUGGCAGGUUGAGCAGAGGGGGACCGUGUUUCUUUCCGUCUGGGCCCUCUCUGCGGUCGCUGAGUUGGGGCUGAUGUUCCCAAUAUCCAGUUGGGGACCGCCGGUGCUGAAAGGCCUAGUUCCUAGAAGGCCAGCGUAAUGAGAUCCAGACAUUUUGGUGCCUGGCCAUCAAUGCGAAUGGGAACCCCCAUUUAUAGGUGAUGUCUCGUUCUCGUAAUGCGGUCAUCACGGGGCGAAGGGCUCGCCGUGCCUCUAGUGUGAUUGGGGAUAAAUCAUUGUAUAAUGCCACUUGGGUGCCCCUGUAGGGCCAAGUUGGUCUUUCGUGGGCCUUUCUCAUAAUAGUGUCUUUGACUGGGAAGGAAGGUAGGCAGCAUAUCAGAUCUCUCAGGCCAUCCUCUAGGGUCCUGGGCCGCGUUGUUCUGUGUGCCCUUUCAAACUCUAUGUGCUGUGGUGAGGUUGGUUGCAAGAUGGACUGGAAAAGUUCAGUAAGUAUUUCCACCACGUUUUCUGUUGGACCUUCAGCCUCUGGGAUGCCCCUAAUGCGUAUAUUGUACCUCCGACCCCUGUUAUCGAGGUCCUCAAGGUGUCUUCUCAUAGAGAGGAGCAUUGUUCCCUGGCGGGCUAUAGCAGUGUCCGCAGUUGCCACACGUGUUGUAAGGGCCUCAGUGGCCUCUUCUUGCUGUGAAAUGCGGCCUGCGUGCGCGGUCACCUCAGAUCUGAUCCCUGCUAUCUCUGCUCUGAGGUUAUCUUGUAUGGUGGUGGUGAGGGAUUUGAGGUCUUCUUUCGUGGCCAUGGAGGCCGUGAGGCUGCACAAUCUAUCCUCGAUUCUAUCGAGAGCUGUGAUCUCCGUCCCUGAUGGGGAUGUCGGCGCCAUCUUGGGGCCUCCCGGUUCCCCGCUUGCGCCGGGUUGUGGGUGCAGGAAUCCGUCCAGGGGGCCCUGUUGGAGGCUCUUUGGGGUCUGGGGUUGCUCCGGUCGUUUAUUACGACCCAUUUGGCUUUUGGUUGCGCGCUUUAGGGUCUAUUGCAGGGUCCGGUGGAGCGGAGCCACGCCCCCGAGAAAUGUGUUUUAGAUAUCCCUUCAUAUAUUGUUUUUUGGCACAAAGAAUAUUUCAAAAUAUGUAAAAUCUCAACAAAUAUUUUUAAGCAAAUGUGUUAGAAUUUAAAGCAAUGUGUACAUUAUAUGUUUGUUACUUGUUUAUUGCAGAUUAGUUAUUUUUCUACUAGCCCCAUCAUGAGUAAUAGGAAUCAGUUCCCGUCCUUCUUCCGUACAAUACCCAGUGAUGAGUUUCAGUCUCGAGGUCUAGCUCAGCUUGUCACAUACUUUGGUUGGUCAUGGGUUGGACUCUUGGCAAUUGAUAAUGACUACGGUCUGCUUGGUAUCCAAGUGAUUAAAGAAGAGUUACUCAUGUCUGGAGCAUGUGUGGCCUUUGUUGAGAACAUCUUGACCAACCUUCCAAACAGAAAUGCGCCACAUAUUGUAAAGACCAUCAGAGAGUCAACAGCUCAUGUUAUUGUAGUAUUUUCACUUCCCCAUGACUUCAUCCCAGUGCUGGAAGAGUUACAAAGGCAAAAUGUGUCUGGCAAAAUCUGGGUAGCCAGUGAAUCAUGGUCGACAUCUGCUCUUCUGUCCAGUAAAAGGUUCCAAGAAAUCUUGGUAGGCACUAUUGGCUUUGCCAUCCACAGUGGGUGGAUGCUGGGAUUUACUGAGUAUCUUAACAGCUUUCACCCUUCAAAAUAUCCAGAUGAUGACUUUGCCAUUGACCUAUGGGAACAUAUAUUCUCUUGUAAUUGGUUUGAGAGACGGAAUAAUAGGACAACUCAAGAAUGUACAGGUGGAGAAAAACUGGAGAGUUACAUAACAAAACCAGAUUUCAGACUUUCAUUUAAUGUCUAUACCUGUGUUUAUACCUUUGCAUGGGCCUUGCAGAGUCUGCUUCAAUGCAAAUCUGGGUCUGGACCAUUCCAUGAAGGAGAAUGUGCUAAUAUCUCAUCUUUCCGACCUUGGCAAGUAAGUAAAACAAACCAGCAAGAACUGUUACUACGUAAUACAGUUGUAAUUAAAAGUAUUCAACCCCCAAUAAAAAGCAGGUUUAUUGUAAAACUUUACAGAAUUUCAGCUGUUUGCAAUGAUACAAUCAAACAAAUGCAAUUGCAAUAACUUAAUGCAACAAAUGAUUCAAGUGGUUUCCCCAAAUUCAACUAAAAAUGCAAUUUAUAAUGACUUCUCCGGUCUCAAAAUCAUUCAAUCCCUUCAUGGCAAGCAUCUUUAGUACUUAAAAAUAUACAAAACAGAUAAACAGGCGCAAAAGAAAAUAAUAUGGAUAGGAUUUAGUAUGCAACACCAGCAAUGAACCCUGAUAAUAAGGUACCCAAAUAAUUACAAGACAGAAAAGUGCUGGUGCGCAAAAAUAUGUGGUGACACCACAAAUGUGUCAAAGUAUUCUUAAACUGUAUCAGCAAUACCAAUAGUGUUAUCCCAAAUAACACACAUAUGUAAACAAGCCCACCUAUGUGAAUAUACUUAUAACCUGCUGGAAUAUACACAGGAUAUCUGUAGGGUAGGAGACAAAAACGAGAAUACGCACUCCUAGUGCAAUAAAGUACUUAAAAUUAAUUCGAAUCAAUGCCCUCAAUAAAAAUGCAACUCACAAAUAGGGAGUGGUAAAAGCCCCACUCCUAGCUCUCUCGCCCAGGGAGGAUCAGCCCCUUAGGUACGUGGGAUCCUUAAUACAUGCUCUUGUGACCCAGGUGUCAGGUAAGUAAAUAUUUAUUAAAUCCAGAUAAAAGCUAAAAACAGCAAUAGGAUAACAGUCCACCGUGAGCUCACCACACUGAUGGGGAUUGGAUGCAGCAGAAUACAGUAAAACUUGAAAAACUCCGCCGCCCUCCUCCUUCUGGAUGUGGUCCGUUCGCUCGGUGUAUAUGUGAAAGUCACUUCCGCGUUACCCGAUCAUGUGGUCACGUCAGUGGCGGAUCCAGGGGGGGGGCAACGGGGCAAUUGCCCCCCCCGAGAAUUCCGCCGGUCUCCCUCCCCUGCCAGCACAUGCAGGUGCUAGCCCUGCAAUGUGCCUGUGGACCGGAAGGGAGAUCACAGAUCUCCCUCCCCGGUCCGCAGGCACUGUGCGGGCGGCCGGCGGUGGAGGGAGGGAGUGCAAGGGAGGACCCGGAGCUCAGGCUGCAGCUCCUCCGGGUCCUCCUCUCGUGAGAUUUGAAGCGUUGCCGCGGUUACCACGGCAACGCUCCAAAUCUCGCAAGAGUGAACUCUAGCCCGGGAGCGCGGGCUAGAGUUCACUCUCCCCAUCGGACCACCAAUGAAUCACCACUGGGACCACCAGGGAUCGAAAUAUGUCCCCCCCCUCCUCCCCAGUAAAGGUAAGAAGGGAGGGGGGACAUAGGAUAAUAUUUAUUUUAAUUAAAUAAAAAAAAAAUAUAUAUAUAUAAUAAAAAAAAUCCACACACACACAUAUAUAUUGCCCCCAAUACUGCCCCCCCAAUACACACAAACUGCCCCCCCAGUCACACAAACUGCCCCCCCAUUCACACAAACUGCCCCCUAUACACACAUACUACCCCCAUACACACAUACUGCCCCAUUAGAAAAAACACUACCCCCACACUUACACACACACUGCCUCCCACAUACACACACACACCCUUUACAUAUACACACACUGCCCCCAUACACACAUGCUGCCCCCCAUACACUGAGCUGCCCCCAUACACGCACACACCUUUAUACACACACACUGCCCCAUACACACACUGCCCCAUGCACACACUGCCCCCAUACACACACACUGCCCCACCUUAUACACUGCCCACAUAUACACUGCCCCCCAUACACACCACAAACUGCCCCAUACACACACACAUUGCUCCCCCAUACACACACACACACUGCCCCCCCAUACACACAUACUGCCCCCCAUACACACACUGACCCCAUACACACACAUACUGUCCCACACAUACACUGCAUCCCUGACAUACACUGCCGCCCUCACUCACACACUACAACCUUCACACACACACUGCACCCCUUACACAUUGCACCACUCACACACACACCACUGCUCCUAUGCCCUACUACAGCCCCAUUUCCCAGCAGAUCUCAGGUAAGUUGUCAAACUGUUCUAAAACGGUUUGACUACUUACUGUGGGAGGGGGUCCCGGCACUAUUGACACCAUAACCACUACACUGAGCUGUAGUGGUUAUUGUGUCUGGAUUAUUUCUUUAAAUAAUCUACAAGUGCCCCUCCCGAGAUCAGGCUCUGGAUCCGCCACUGGGUCACGUGACGCGUUUCGUCCCUCCUUUAGGGGCUUUCUCAAACAAGCAGUGAACUGUUACUAUGUAAUACAGUUGUAAUUAAAAGUAUUCAACCCCCAAUAAAAAAGCAGGUUUAUUAAUGUCAAAAUGUACAGAAUUUCAGCUGUUUGCAAUGAUACAAUCAAACAAAUGCAAUUGCAAUAACUUAACGCAACAAAUGAUUCAAGUGGUUUCCCCAAAUUCAACUAAAAAUGCAAUUUAUAAUGACUUCUCCGGUCUCAAAAUCAUUCAAUCCCUUCAUGGCAAGCAUCUUUAGUAUUUAGUAGAGCACCCUUUUGCUGUUAUGACCUACUGCACACGAGAUGCAUAGCCAGAUACCAGCUUCUGGCAGCAUUCCUGAGGAAUCUUAGCCCAUUACUCUUGAGCAAUGUCCCCCUGUUCAGUAAUAUUCUAGGUUUUGCAUGAUGCAACUGCCUUCUUCAAAUCCCACCAGAGGCUUUGCCAAUGUCGAGCUAUUUCAAUUGCUUUUGUGUGAUUGUUCAUUGCAGCUGAAACUCUGUAAAGUUUCAUAAUUAACCUGAUAUUCAUUGGGUAUUGAAUACUUUUGAUUACAACUGAAUGCCUGUUUCAUAUAGUAACCAUAGUUUCCUUUUGGUUUUCCAGUUACUCCAUUAUGUUAAAAAUACUAAUUUUCAGGCUGAUGAUAAAACACGGAUAUUCUUCAAUCAUAACGGGGACCCUCCAGCCAUUUAUGAUAUUGUAAACUGGCAGCUAGGGACAUCGGGAGAUUUGGAACAGGUUAUUAUUGGAAUUUAUAACUCAAGUGCCCCACAUGGAAAUAUGCUAAUAUUAGAAAGCACUUCAAUUAAAUGGAAUACAGGGGAUACACAGGUAUUGUAUUACAUUUUCUAUGGUGGAAAGUGAAAACUCUAGCACUGUAAUACACGUAACAAUAUAGCUGUUAGGGAACUACAAUUAUGUUUCUGCAUAAAUCCGGCUAUGAUCUCACUUCCUCCAGGUGACAUAUGGCCUCUGAAUUUUCAGUUUCAGGAAGCAUGGAGUGUCGCUGGGUGGGGCCUCACUGAUUGGCUGAGAGCACUCAGCUGACUUGAUGCUGCCUAGGGAGGAGAUAAUAUCAGCACUAAAGGCAACUUUGAGAUUAAAUUGUUCAAAAAUAGUUUGACCCUUUGAGGUAAGAGUGCCUCUGGGGACCUGCUUGCACCAUAACAACUUAAUUUAGAUUAAGUUGUUUUGGUGCCUGGAGUGUCCCUUUAAGUGUCCCUUUAAGUGUCCCUUUAAUGCAAUGAGUAUUUAAUUUAUUGAAAACACAUUUAUUUUUAUAUUUAAUUUCUUUAGGAACUCUUAUGAUUUUACUUACCUGCUCGCAAGUGCCACCAUGCUCAGAGGUUAGUGGAUGUUACCCUAUUGAAACACCACUGUAUGGUCCCACUUUUCGCAUUACCCUGUAACGUGAUCAUGGUCAUGGUGCCAGGCACUGCUCCACAACUCCUUUUUUAUUUUAUUUCCUGAGGGUGGGACAUAGAAUUAAUUUUCACUUGUGACAGACAUCCCGGUACUAUCUAGUACUUGUACACGGUUCCUAACCACGACCUCCCCCUAAAAGGACGAUAAUCACCAACUCUUGCCGACCAGAUAGUGCUAACCAGCUCAUUGCCCUUUCCAGCUUCCCAAGAGACAUCAGAGACCAGGGAGGUACCCACAAACAUCCUGGAACUCCUGAUCCAGCAUUACAUAGAAUGUGACGGCAGAUAAGAACCAUUCGGCCCAUCUAGUCUGCCCAAUUUUCUAAAAACUUUCAUUAGUCCCUAGCCUUAUCUUAUGGCUAGGAUAGCCUUAUGCCUAUCCCAUGCAUGCUUAAACUCCUUUACUGUGUUAACCUCUACCACUUCAGCUGGAAGGCUAUUCCAUGCAUCCACUACCCUCUCAGUAAAGUAAUACUUCCUGAUAUUAUUUUUUAAACCUUUGUCCCUCUAAUUUAAGACUAUGUCCUCUUGUUGUGGUAGUUUUUCUUCUUUUAAGUAUAGUCUCCUCCUUUACUGUGUUGAUUCCCUUUAUAUAUUUAAAUGUUUCUAUCAUAUCCCCCCUGUCUCGUCUUUCCUCCAAGCUAUACAUGUUAAGAUCCUUUAACCUUUCCUGGUAAGUUUUAUCCUGCAAUCCAUGAACCAGUUUAGUAGCCCUUCUCUGAACCCUCUCUAAAGGUAUCAAUAUCCUUCUGAAGAUACGGUCUCCAGUACUGUGUACAAUACUCCAAGUGAGGUCUCACCAGUGUUCUGUACAAUGGCAUGGGCACUUCCCUCUUUCUACUGCUAAUACCUCUCCCUAUACAACCAAGCAUUCUGCUAGCAUUUCCUGCUGCUCUAUUACGUUGUCUGCCUACCUUUAAGUCAUCAGAAAUAAUCACCCCUAAAUCCCUUUCCUCAGAUGUUGAGGUUAGGACACUAUCAAAUAUUCUGUACUCUGCCCUUGGGUUUUUACGUCCAAUAUGCAUUAUCUUGCACUUAUCCACAUUAAAUGUCAGUUGCCACAAUUCUGACCAAUUUUCCAGUUUACCUAAAUCAUUUGUCAUUUGGCUUAUCCCUCCUGGAACAUCAACCCUGUUACAUAUCAUAGUAUCAUCAGCAAAAAGACAUACCUUACCAUCAAGACCUUCUGCAAUAUCACUAAUAAAAAUAUUAAAGAGAAUGGGUCCAAGAUCCCUGAGGUACCCCACUGGUGACAAGUCCAAGCUUCGAAUAUAUUCCAUUAACUACAACCCUCUGUUGCCUGUCACUCAGCCACUGCCUUACCCAUUCAACAAUAUUUGAAUCCAAACUUAAAGAUUGCAGUUUAUUGAUAAGCCUUCUAUGUGCAGCAGUGUCAAAAGCCUUACUGAAAUCUAGGUAAGCAAUGUCUACUGCACCACCCUGAUCUAUAAUUUUAGUUACCCAAUCAAAAAAAUCAAUAAGAUUAGUUUGGCAUGAUCUCCCUGAAGUAAACCCAUGUUGUCUCUGAUCUUGAAAUCCAUGUGUUUUAGAUGUUCAACAAUCCUAUCCUUUAACAUGGUUUCCAUCACUUUCCCCACUACUGAAGUAAGGCUUACUGGCCUAUAGUUGCCCGACUCCUCCCUAUUACCUUUCUUGUAAAUGGGCACAACAUUCGCUAACUUCCAAUCUUCUGGGACUACACCUGUUAACAAUGUUUGGUUAAAUAAAUCUGUUAAUGGUUUUGCUAGUACACCACUAAGCUCUUUUAAUAGCUUUGGGUGUAUUCCAUCAGGUCCCAUUGACUUAUUUGUCUUUACUUUUGACAGUUGAGAUUACAAUCCGGUAAAACUUCGUAAAGGUCACUCUUGGCCCCAGGGUCUCCAAACAGGGUACUAUUUGGAGGGAUGAUAAAGGAGGUGGUAAGGUGUCGAACAAUACCAAGUACCAAUGGACUGCACAGUUGUUAAAGUUGACCAUGACCUCCCACCCGGCGCUAUGGAACGGUGGAACGGUGCGCAGGAUUGGAGAAUGCUCAUGGUCUGCUCAAAACUUAAUAUUCAGACUAUGUGGGCUAGGCAUCUCCAAUCCAACCCCUUUUUGGACAAUAUGGGCACUCUCUGAUGGCACUGAUUUAGGAAUAUAUGCAUGGGAACUGUUAUUCGUUCCAAGGUGUCUGGCUGCUAAUAAAAUAUCUGGUCAGGUACAGACACUUAGGUGCCAGGUAUUGUGCAUAUUGUUCUCCUGGCGACCCACUGUUGAGAGCAAGGCAUAAAAUUCUGACAAUAAAAACAUUCUGACAAUAAAACAGGCUUGUUUCACCCUAAAAGGAAACCUUGGUAGUGACAUUCACGAUGGAGAUAGGCUGUCACAUCACUUAAAAUAAUACUUUGAGUCUCUAAAGCAUUUCAGCAUGUUCUCUUUUUCUUAGAUUUUGGAACUUUUUUUAAGUGUCUUGGUUGCACCCUCCUCGCUGUCAACCAGACAGCCAGAAGGGUGCUCUUCUUGUCUCCUAUCACAAAGCAGAAGGCUUAUCAUAGACUAUGACAUAUAAAUGGGAAGAUUAUGAUUACUUGUUGCUUUUAAAAUAUAUUUAUUUAUAUUUAUCUUAGGUGCCAUACUCCAAGUGCAGUCUAAGUUGUCCAUUGGGGUUUCAAAAGGUGACAAUAUCAGGGAAGCCAACCUGUUGUUAUGAGUGUGCUCACUGUCCUCACGGGAAAAUCUCUAACCAAACAGGUACUGUAACUAGUUUGUAAUGUAUUAUAACAAAUCCAUAUGUCUUACAUAAAAUUAAAAUGUUUACAUUGAUGCUUUCUUUCAGAUGCUGUUGAGUGCCAUCAGUGCUCAUGGGAUAUGUGGCCGAAUCAAGAACAGGAUACAUGCCUACUGCGAGGUAUUGAGUUUCUUUCCUACAAAGACCUAAUGGGUGUCAGCUUAGCAGCCAUUGCCUUCUUCUCAUCUACAGUCCCAGUUUGCAUUCUAGUAAUUUUUUUCUACCACAGGACUACUCCAAUAGUUAGAGCCAACAACUGGUCCCUCAGUUGCCUUCUUCUAGUUUCCCUCUCCUUUUGUUUUCUAUGUUCCCUGGCUUUCAUCGGCUACCCACAACCUGAGAUGUGCCUACUGCGCCAGGUAUUUUUUGGGAUGGUUUUCACACUCUGCAUAUCCUGUGUCCUAGCAAAGACCAUUACUGUUGUAAUUGCCUUCAAAGCAACCAAGCCUGGCUCAAGGUUACAAAAAUGGUCAGGGAUCAAGGUCUCAUAUUGUGCUAUGGGAAUUUGUGUCCUUAUCCAGCUAUGUAUCUGUGUACUAUGGUUAUCGUGUUCCCCUCCUUUUCCAGAAUAUGACACUCAGACACUAUCUAGAGUCAUCAUUGUUACCUGUAACGAAGGCUUAUCAGGUGUUUUUUUCUGGAUAAUGCUUGGAUAUCUUGGACUUCUGGCUGCUAUCAGUUUUAUUUUUGCUUUCUUGGCAAGACACCUUCCAGACAGUUUCAAUGAAGCCAAGUUAAUCACAUUUAGCAUGCUGGCCUUUCUCAGCGUCUGGGUGUCCUUCGUUCCAGCUUAUUUUAGCGCUCGUGGAAAAAACAUGGUUGCCAUGGAGAUCUUUGCCAUCCUUUGCUCCAGCUGGGCUGUGGUUAUCUGUAUCUUUGUGCCAAAAUGUUUCAUUAUAUUAUUCCGACCCAACAUGAACUCCAGAGAGCAUCUCAUGAAAAGAGACAAAGUGCAAAAAUAAAAUACAAAUAGCUUUAAAAGUCUAUUACAAAAUAACUCAUCUAUAUUUUAUAAUAGUCAUCAACCCAUGAUUACAAUUAGAAUUUGCCAUGUAGCAGAAUAAAUACAAUUGUUUUAAUAGCAUUAUUAAACUUUUAUUUGUAAAAACCAAAAAAAAAAAUUAAAAAAAAUCCAUUAAAAAAAAUUAAAAAAAAUCCUUAAAUGACUUUUGUAUAUAUUAUAAUAGCUACCUAGCCAUAAUUAGAAGUAGAUUUUGCUAAGAGAUAGAAUAAAUAUUAUAAUUUCAAUAAAAUUGUUAAACGUUUAUUUGUAAAAAAAUAAACCAAGUGCUGAAACAGGAUACAAGUUAGCUAAACAAAGUUAAGCCUAUUGCCAUGGUGAACAGUAUUUUGGAGCAUGUCACGCCAUUAAACUAAGAGAUGUUCGGGUUAACUGGCUCAAGGAUACAUACGAGGGUUAGUACUUCCAUUUGCAUUUGUUGGGUAAUCAAAAAGUAUAUAUAUAUAUAUUUGUGAUUGGGAUAAAAAGGCCAAGGCAUCCAAUAAGGAUUGAGUUACACCAGUUGUAGUAAGUCGGUUGUGGUGUGCCGAAAGCAGCGAAAGGGGUAGGACUGAAAAAGAGGGCUCACAUAUCGAAAGAGUAUAACAUGGAUGAGGUGGGUGGGUUUCAAACUUAGGCAGAACGUCAGGAGGGAGCUGUGACGAGGGAGUAUAUAUCGGUCAGAUACAACUACAGGCAUCCUGCCUUAAUGUGUAGUUACACAUUCUUCUGAUGCUGACAAAGCUGUUAAAUCGGGAAACCGUGUUAUGACACAAUGCCUCCACUCAAUGCAACUUCUAUUUAUAGGAAAUCCACCACCCGGAGUAGCUGAGUACCCUCCACUUAAUAAUAACUCAGAGACAUGAGAUGCAUAAAUAGAAGGAAAUGCAGACAGUAAUAAUAGUAGAUAUAACCGUGCAGUUCCAUGCGAAUAAUACAAUCACAAUAAUAAUAAUAAUAAUAAUUAUACAAUACUGUUAGAUUCUGCAGAUAUCUCCACUUCUCUCGAAAAGAAAGAACAGACUGUCAUAGUGCUGCCUGGAGCUGUGGCUCCACCGCGGGCUAUGGACAGGCCGGCCCUGAAUCUGGUUACUCCAGGCCUGGAAGUUUCAAAUCUGGGCCUAAAUUUAAAAAUAUCCAAACUAUUUGCCCACUGUCAGUGAUGUUAACUGGUCAAACCUUAUUGGUGACUGGCCAGGGCUUGCUUCCCAGCCACCAUUUUAAAGUUUUAAAAAUAUUUAUUAAAAAGCCAGUAAAGAUAAAAAACAUAGAAACAUAGAAACAUAGAAUGUGAUGGCAGAUAAGAACCAUUCGGCCCAUCUAGUCUGCCCAAUUUUCUAAAUACUUUCAUUAGUCCCUAGCCUUAUCUUAUAGUUAGGAUAGCCUUAUGCCUAUCCCACGCAUGCUUAAACUCCUUUACUGUGUUAACCUCUACCACUUCAGCUGGAAGGCUAUUCCAUGCAUCCACUACCCUCUCAGUAAAGUAAUACUUCCUGAUAUUAUUUUUAAACCUUUGUCCCUCUAAUUUAAGACUAUGUCCUCUUGUUGUGGUAGUUUUUCUUCUUUUAAAUAUAGUCUCCUCCUUUACUGUGUUGAUUCCCUUUAUAUAUUUAAAUGUUUCUAUCAUAUCCCCCCUGUCUCGUCUUUCCUCCAAGCUAUACAUGUUAAGAUCCUUUAACCUUUCCUGGUAAGUUUUAUCCCGCAAUCCAUGAACCAGUUUAGUAGCCCUUCUCUGAACCCUCUCUAAGGUAUCAAAAUCCUUCUGAAGAUACGGUCUCCAGUACUGUGUACAAUACUCCAAGUGAGGUCUCACCAGUGUUCUGUACAAUGGCAUGAGCACUUCCCUCUUUCUACUGCUAAUACCUCUCCCUAUACAACCAAGCAUUCUGCUAGCAUUUCCUGCUGCUCUAUUACAUUGUCUGCCUACCUUUAAGUCAUCAGAAAUAAUCACCUCUAAAACCCUUUCCUCAUAUGUUGAGGUUAGGACUCUAUCAAAUAUUCUGUACUCUGCCCUUGGGUUUUUACGUCCAAUAUGCAUUAUCUUGCACUUAUCCAAAUUAAAUGCCAGUUGCCACAAUUCUGACCAUUUUUCUAGUUUACCUAAAUAAUUUGCCAUUUGGCUUAUCCCUCCUGGAACAUCAACCCUGUUACAUAUCUUAGUAUCAUCAGCAAAAAGACAUACCUUACCAUCAAGACCUUCUGCAAUAUCACUAAUAAAAAUAUUAAAGAGAAUGGGUCCAAGUACAGAUCCCUGAGGUACCCCACUGGUGACAAGUCCAAGCUUCGAAUAUAUUCCAUUAACUACAACCCUCUGUUGCCUGUCACUCAGCCACUGCCUUACCCAUUCAACAAUAUUGGAAUCCAAACUUAAAGAUUACAGUUUAUUGAUAAGCCUUCUAUGUGCAACAGUGUCAAAAGCCUUACUGAAAUCUAGGUAAGCAAUGUCUACUGCACCACCCUGAUCUAUAAUUUUAGUUACCCAAUCAAAAAAAUCAAUAAGAUUAGUUUGGCAUGAUCUCCCUGAAGUAAACCCAUGUUGUCUCUGAUCUUGAAAUCCAUGUGUUUUUAGAUGUUCAGCAAUCCUAUCCUUUAACAUGGUUUCCAUCACUUUCCCCACUACUGAAGUAAGGCUUAUUGGCCUAUAGUUGCCCGACUCCUCCCUAUUACCUUUCUUGUAAAUUGGCACAACAUUCGCUAACUUCCAAUCUUCUGGGACUACUCCUGUUAACAAUGAUUGGUUAAAUAAAUCUGUUAAUGGUUUUGCUAGUACACCUGUAAGCUCUUUUAAUAGCUUUGGGUGUAUUCCAUCAGGUCCCAUUGACUUAUUUGUCUUUACUUUUGACAGUUGAAAUAGAACCUCUUCCUCUGUAAACUCACGUGUAACAAAUGACUCAUUUAUCCUUUUUCUUAACUGAGGUCCCUUUCCUUCAUUUUCAUCUGUAAAUAUAAAAAAAAAUAUUCAUUGAGGCAGUCAGCUAGACCUUUAUCCUCUCCUACAUACCUUCCUUCUUUUGUUUUUAAUCUAACUAAUCCUUGUUUUACUUUUCUUUUCUCAUUUAUGUAUCUACAAAAUGUUGUAUCCCCCUUUUUUACUGACUGUGCUAUUUUCUCUUCUGUGUGUGAUUUGGAAGCUCUUAUAACUUGCUUAGCCUCUUUCUGCCUAAUCUUAUAGAUCAUUUUGUCUUCCUCACUCUGGUUUUUUUAUAAUUCCUAAAUGCUAACUUUUUGUUUUUAACUAUUUUGGCCACAUCUGUGGAGUACCACAGUGGUUUCUUGAUUUUUUUGCUUUUACUGACAAGCCUAAUGCAAUUUUCUGUUGCCUUCAAUAGUGCAACUUUUCAAUAAUCCCAUUUCUCUUGGACCCCAUUUAAAUUGCUCCAGUCUGAUAAUGACUCCUCUACCCAUACUCUAAUUUUAGAAAAGAUCCCAAUAUCACUACAAGGGAUUUUAUAAAUCUCCAUAUGCUCCCACCUUCCACCUGCCUUGAUAAAAAAUAGUGGUGGGUCAUCCUAAUGUACCCCCUGCCUCCACUCGUAAUAGGGGGAUAAUGGCAGAGAAGGAUUAAGAUCUCAUGGGGCCAUAGGCAAGGGUCACUUUAUGGUUAAUCCUACUCUGGGUGGCACAUACUAAAGAUAUUCCGAGAGGUACCUAGUCUCCCUCCCAGAACCCAGUUAUGGAUGGUGUGUGAAGGCUAUUAUAAUAAAAAGGGGGUCCUAACAUCUCCACUCUUUGCUGGCAGGUAGGGCUCUAAUAAUUAUAUUUCCAGAGGGGGGGGGGACCUAGCUCCACAAUAAUACAAAAGAUUGGGUGGACACUGCAUUGUCCACCCUCCUGAAUUUUGUGGUCUCACCCCUCAAGUGGCUAGAGCAGACCAAUUUCCAUUUCCUUUGUAGGGACAUUAUAUAUUCAGAGUGUCCACCCACUAACAAUGGGUAUAGGUUGGGGUUAGGACAUUAUGUCCCCUGGUAUAAAAUUAGUUGCCCCCACAAACUGGCACGUGGGGGGGGGGGCGUUAGAAUGUCAACCCCAUUUUUUUUUUUUUUAUUCCACCCACCCACCGGUCAUGGGUGGGUAGGGAAGUGUCCACCUCUGAUUAUUUAAUUUACAGGCCUCAUCCCGAGUUUUGCAAAUCUUCCAAAUCCUGUAUUUUGAAUAGAGUUUGGAUGUAAAAGCACUGAUUUCAAAAUCUGCAGAUUUGAUCUGGCUUUCUGUAUUUGGCUUUAGUAAAUAUGAGAAUUUCCUUUGCAUUGGUUGGAAUUUGGUCAUUUUCAUGAGAUUUUGACGAAAUCUGGUGUUUAGCGAAUAACCUUGCAUAUAGUCUCUUGUUAGCUGGGCCAAAAUAGCUGCACUAAAAUAACAGCUGACUUGGAGAAUGUUUCAGUUUCAACUAUUGUACCCUAAAAUUUGAAAUUCGGGGUUACUCACUAAAGUUAAAAUAUGUGGCAAAGCCACUCAAAUGCAUGCUAUGCCAUUAAGACUUUAAAAUCCAGGCAUUAUUCAGGUUUUUAUAAGGGACACUACAGAUCCCUUAGUUUGCUGAAAUGCUUUAUGUGUGAAGAAUGGGUCCUAUUUUUUCAUUUUACAUAAAGUGCAGAUUUCAAUAGAAAUUGGUAUGUUUGUAAAUUAAACUUUUUACACUGUAAUCGUUCCUGUUACUUCCUGGUUUGGUUAGCUCAGUGGACCAAAACUCAAGUGUCAGCAACUCGCCAAAGCACCUGCCUUGAAAAGACUUCUCAUUGAGCUGCACUGGGAAGUCUGUGAUUGGACAGCCACAGGAAGUCUGGGUUAGAAGGGGAGGACUUGCAAAGGCUGCAGACAAGAGAUUGUCAGGUUUUGGCAGCUGUUUCGAUAUACACAAAUGUAUGCAUGUUUCCAUUUUGGGUAUAUAUACAAAGCAGUGAUUUUUUUUAAAAACUUUUUUUUUUGUAAUUCGACAGUGUUGUGUCCCUUUAACAAUGUAUAGAUUUUGCUAUUCAGGCCCCAUAUGAACCUGGAUUUGGUCCUGAUUUUACCCAGACCGAAUGCUGCUGGAUGGCUGGAAUCUGGACCGAAUUAAUUAAAUCAGAUUUAAAAAAAAUAAGAACUAUUAAUCUAUUCAUACUUUGGAGGUGAGCAGACUUACUCAAGUUACCCGUGUUACUUAUUAAGAUUUUGGGCACCCAAAACCAGGUGGGAUUGAAAGCCAAGACUAAACCCACUAUAAAGGCUAACAUUGUGAAUUGGUCACAUGAAAGUCCUAAAUUAUUACUAAAACAGUAAAUUUUAUGUUAGCAGCAUAGUCAUGGGGUGCAAAUAUGUGUAACGUGUGUACCUUUGUAGAGAAUUAUUAUUAAGAAAUGUUCAGGAUCAACCAUAUUAUUAUCAUACAAUCACAUCUUCCUUCAAUGACUGUGUGUGAUGGCUUGUCCCUGAGUCCCUUAUAGCUUUCACUGGCGGGAAAUAGCAAAGGAGGCAAUAAUUAACAUCUUAACACUAAUUACUCUGUAGCAGCAAGGGGAUUUAUUUUAUCUAUAAAAAUAAAAAUCUUAUUUUGGCUCUGCGCACAGGUGGCACGGACACUCAGAAGGGAAAAUAUGAAGUAUGUACGGUUCUACUAUUUCAGAUUCAUCCAUGUGUGUAUGUGUGCGUGUUUGAAUGUGUAUAUUUGGGAGAAAUAGAUAUUAUCACAUGAAACAACUGAAAAAACCCAGACACAGAAUCUAUACCUCAGUAAUGUUCUCCAGUGCCGAAUGAGACUUUAAACGUACCCAUUAGAACACAAGAUAUGUCAGUUUUUAAUUAAUUUCCAUAUUAUAUGCAAGUCUCCUUCUCUGCACUCGUUUGCAACUUAAAAGGAUGCUCCAAGCACAAUAAUCACAUAUGCUCUCUGUGUAGGUUAUGGUGCAGAAAACUGGUGCAGGCUAACAGUUAAAGGGACACUGUAGUCACCAGAACAACUACAGCUUAAUGCCGGGGUCCUGGUGCGUAUAGCCUUUCAGAGAAAAGGCAGUGUUUACAUUGCUGAUUAAUAAAACUUCAAGCUGCAGUCAGUCAGAUGGCACUAGAGGUGCUUUCUAUCUCAGUGCUGCACAGUGUGAAUCACUGACAUUCAUUGUCUCCACACUCUGCAUGGAGAGGCUGAACGUUCCCCAUAGAGCUGUAUUGAUUCAUGAGGAGAUGCUGAUUGGUGCAGCUCUACGUUUUGGCGUGCAUGCUUUACAAUAGGAUUGAUGACCGCAGACAGGGAGGCAGGACCAGGAAAGACCAUCCGUAGAGACACUGGUGCAAUGUGGGAGAAAAGGUACGUUUUGUUUAAAACCUUUUCAAAAUGAUCUGAGGGGGGCUGGGAGCUAAUUAAUUAAACACUAUAGUGUUAGGAAUACAUGUUUGUAUUCCUGACACUGUAGAGAUUAUUUGAUCAUCUUUUCUGACAAUGGUGGGAUAACUGGCAGUAAAAUAGAUAGUGAAACUUGGAUUAUUCACUAAAGUGAGAAUUUAAUGUGAAUUCAAAGUGAAGGUCACAAUAGCUGAACUAGCUAUGCCCCCAGUUAAGUUAUUCUAAAUUUGAAAUUUUCUUUAAAUCCACUUUGAGUUCUCCGUUUAGUAAAUAACCCUGUCUGUCUUUUCCACAAAGGUUGUUGGGUCUUUGGAUAAACUUGGUUUUUGGUCUGGAUCACUCGGUAGUAAUUUGCUUUAUUCCGACAUGCUGGUAGAAAUAGGAUUGAGGGUUAGGAAAAACUAGUCUGACAUUCGUAGAUCCAGUAUUGCUCCCAAAUGACCAACUUGUUUUGUUAGCAUAAUUUGUCUUGUUUACCUAUUGUACAGCACUGCGCAAUAUAUUGGUGUUAUGUAGUUAAUUGGAACUGCACUGAAUUCAUUGCUGGUUGAGCAUCCAUAUACUCUUUGUUUGGCUGAUUUCUAUCCUCAGCUUAUCUGAUUACAACAAUAGCUUGUUUAGCUGGUAACUUUCCUUUCAUUGUAGGAUAUUAAAGGGACACUAUAGUCACCUGAACAACUUUAGCUUAAUGAAGCAGUUUUGCUGUAUAGAACAUGCCCCUGCAGCCUCACUGCUCAAUCCCCUGCCAUUUAGGAGUUAAAUCCCUUUGUUUAUGAACCCUAGUCACACCUCCCUGCAUGUGACUUGCACAGCCUUCCAUAAACACUUCCUGUAAAGAGAGCCCUAUUUAGGCUUUCUUUAUUGCAAGUUCUGUUUAAUUAAGAUUUUCUUAUCCCCUGCUAUGUUAAUAGCUUGCUAGACCCUGCAAGAGCCUCCUGUAUGUGAUUAACGUUCAAUUUAGAGAUUGAUAUACAAGUAUUUAAGGUAAAUUACAUCUGUUUGAAAGUGAAACCAGUUUUAUUUUCCAGGAAUGGUCUGUCAAUCAUAGCCAGGGGAGGUGUGGCUAGGGCUGCAUAAACAGAAACAAAGUGAUUUCACUCCUAAAUGACAGUGAAUUGAGCAGUGAAAUUGCAGGGGAAUGAUCUAUACACUAAAACUGCUUUAUUUAGCUAAAGUAAUUUAGGUGACUAUAGUGUUCCUUUAAGAUUUUUGUUCUCUUUUUUUUCUGUUCCAGUGUGAAAAUUAAUAUUUAUUGGUCUUUAUGGCACAUUGUCAUGUCCUAUAUCUUGUCAGCCACCCAUUUCGAUCACCUGGGCUGCAAACUUCAGGGAUCUAAUUUGCUUAGACACUUGGAGGAAGGAGACAUCCUAAUAGGUGCCGUGCUCCCCUUUCAUAUAGAUAAAUAUUUGGAUAGGACUAAAAUCCAGUUUACAGAACCUCCUCGACAGGAACCAUGUCAAAUGUAAGAUUUUCCUUCCCUUGGUUUUCUUUCCAUGUGCCUUAUUUGUUGGUCCAAAUCGGCUCUGCUUCUUUGCAUGUUUUCUGUGUGAUCUUUAUAAAAUGUUUGCAAUAAGUGAAGCUUAAGCAAUGUUCCAUAUCAGCUGCUAAACCAAUUUACCCACAAUGAAUCAAUCAAAAGUAUCCAGCAAUAGGGGAAUCUAUAGACUUCAUGGACAGAGGAGAACAAAAUGGGCGCGCCUGGGCAUUGAGAUCUGGCACAAGAAUAAAAGUGGAUAAGUAAAAAUAAGGCAAUUGACAAAGAUGGGGUAUAAUCCGAGGGGCGUAAGUAAAAAAAAAAAAAACUGAAAGAAAAAUCCAUUUUCAUACCUAUCAAAAUAUUUCACAUACUUAUUAUCAAUCCUACUCACUUUUUCUAUAAUGCAGAAAUCACCUGUUUGAUAUAAAUCUUUGACUAUAUCCUGUUUUCAUAGCAUAUACUUUAUGGCAUAGGCUAUUAUUAACACAUCUAUAUAUCUUCUUCCAGUCACCAGGUAUUGUUCCUGUUUAUGAUUAUAUACUUGAUUUUCUCAUUGCGUUAUUUGAGCACACUCUUAUUUUAUUUUUUUCAGUAGAUAGAUCCAAAGUUUAUUUUCACCAAUUUUACUCUUAGAUUUAGGAAUCACAGAUUCCUACAGUUCUGUGCUAUGAGAUUUGCGUUACAAGAGAUCAACAGGAGUCCCACUCUGCUCCCAAACCUGACGUUGGGUUUCCAAGUUUAUGACUCAUGUGCAGGACUUCAUGAAGAGCUGGAUGGGACCCUGAAGAUGCUAACAGGUCAAAGGCAAGGAGUCCCAAAUUUCUUUUGUAAGGAAUUGCCCCUUGUGUCUUCAGUCAUUGGACAUUCAACUUCUACUUUCUCUAUUCUCAAUGCCCAAGUGUUGGGAUUAUACAGAUAUCCACAGGUAAGGGGUAUACUAAUCGUUCUGAAAUACUUUACACUGUUUUAUAUCCAACCUAAACUAGUAACUAGCACAGAGCACACAAAAGAGAGACAUGUCUUGUUAAAUCAUAGUAGUUGUUCUUGUUUCAGGAAAUUGGCAAAAUGUAUACACUGUGUCGAUAUAUGAUUUAGGUGCGUCUGUAUUCAAAUGACUUUAGAAUAUUUCAAAAAUACAGUAAAUUGAAAAAUUGCAUUUACACAAUAUAUACACAAUAUAUAUUCAUGUUAACUCUCUUUUGUUUUCUGUUUUUGGCUAUAUUUUUUUGUUAACCUAGGUAAGUUACCUAUCAACCAGUUCUAUCCUGAGUGACAAAACACAGUUCCCUUCCUUCUUCAGGACUGUCCCAAGUGAUUCCUUCCAGUCCAAGGGUCUGGCACAGCUCGUGUUAUACUUUGGAUGGACAUGGGUUGGGUUAUUAGCUGUUGAUGAUGACUAUGGACGUCAGGGCAUUCAGGUGAUUAUGCAGGAGCUCUCCAGAGGUGGCGCUUGUGUGGAAUUUGUGGAAUAUAUAAUGACCAACAAUUUGGAACAAAUUUCCCACUUGACAAAACUCAUCAAGCAAUCCACAGCCAAGGUUAUUGUUUCUUUUACCGAAGAUACUGAUAAUGUUUUCCUUUUGGAAGAAAUGCUGAGACAAGAUGUAACUGGUAAAAUAUUUGUGGCCAGUGAAGCUUGGUCUAUCUCAAAUUUGUUGUCCAUUGCAAAAUAUUCUUCACUUCUCUCUGGCUCAGUUGGUUUAUCUUUUCAUAGUGCAACCAUUUCAGGGUUUGGAGAGUUCUUAAACACUAUUCAUCCCACCAACUUUGAAGAUGGUCCGUGGACUAAAACAUUCUGGGAAAAAUAUUUUGGGUGUAAAUUUUUAAACCAGACAUUGCUUACAAAUUCACAGAAUGAUUCCCCGUUGUGUUUGGGAAAUGAGAGCAUUUUGAAUACAUUCUAUGAUGUAUCAAACUUAAAUGCUGCAUACAACCUUUACAUGGCAAUCCAUGUCAUUGCUAAGUCCUUAGAUGAUAUGAGAACAUGUCAGAAAGAUAAAGCACCAUUUAAUAAUGAAAGUUGUGCUGACAUUCAGCACUUUAAACCAUGGCAGGUAAGGACCUGGUUGGUAUUUUCAAAUUUCAGGUAGACUUUGCCUUUGAGGUAGACUUUGAGACUGUGAGGGAUAUGUACGGCUGAUGGAUAGUUUAUAUAGUAGAUGUUUAAGGAAUUUAAUAAUGCAUUCAAUAAGAGACAGUGAGUGGGGAGAUGAAGAGUGGUGGCCGGCACAACACUUGGUUAAGAAGCCCUAGACUCUGGCAUUAAAAAAACACUGUGGAAAAUAUAUAAGUGGUUGAAUGACACAAAGGAGACUGACAGUCACAAGAGCUAGUUCUAAAAGCUAGAGGCAUGGUAGACAAAAGAAAGGGACAAACAAUACAAUGUUUACAUAGAUGGGAACUGAGAAAGAGAAAAGUCCUGGACUUCCCUGGUGUUUUCAGGGAUUCCACUAGAAAUACAGGAUGUUCAUGCCAUCCUAAUGUCUCUAAAGUCCAGUCAGUGAAGGACAACAUGGAAGGUCCUAACAGAGGGAAGGGUUGAAGUAAUUGUGGGGUUAUCCAAUCUAAAUCUACACACUUGUGACAAUGUUCAACAAUGACCUGCCCAUUUCAUUAGGCUCACAGUACAGCCCAACCAAUACAUACAUUUCAUGGAAAUCCCAGAAUAAUCCACUUUAUGUGGUUUACAGCUGUCGCACUACAUCCAGAAUGUACAUGUGAAACUAAACAAUGGAAAUGAAUUCUUCUUCGAUCAAAAUGGUGACCCACCUGCGGUAUACGAUAUUGUAAAUUGGCAACUAAAUGCAGACCACACAAUGAGACAAGGGAAAGUGGGAAUAUAUGAUACCACUCAGUCUAAUGGGGAUGCUCUGUUUAUUGAUGCAAGUGCUGUGAGGUGGGCAUCUGGCCAAUUACAGGUAAAAUGUGCAUAUUUUUAAAUUCUUAGUUUAUUUAUGAAGCACCAAUACCUCUUUUAGCACCAUGUAUUUAAUUUGUUUGUUCACUAUUCAAAGCUCGCUGAACAUGCUUCCCUCUGAUGUACUCUGCAUAUAUUCUUCUGCCUCUAACUAUGGGAAUAUGAACAAGUGUCUCUUUUUAAUUAAACGUCAAUGGCAAAGUUUAAAUACUUGUAUGUGCAGCAUGACCUUGGAAACUCAAUGUGGACCAUUCUGGUCAUAAGCUAAUGCCCAGAUUUACCAGUGUAGGGCAAAGAAAGGCUACCAUCUCAAUUAUUUUACUAAUACUUUUAAAGUUCAGAACAUCAGAAGACCGGUGCAUGUCAAUGUCAAGAUUACUUACUUGCUAGUAUUUCCCCUAACAUAGUUCAACAUCAGCCAUGACCUUCUCAGCUUAGCUCUUCAUUUAGGGCAGGAGCUGAGAUGUGAAUGCCAGAAUAGUUUAUAAUGUAUCUGCUGAUAAUGUAAAUACCCACAGGAAUUGUGGCCAGAUGUUUCAUUUCUGAUUUUUACUUUGGAUUUCCAAUCAUAACCAAGCUUUCAAUGUGCCAACACUGAAUAUGUGUUUUUCAAUAUCCAAAAUAUUUUUUAUUUAUGAAUUUUGCAAUGUGAGUUUUGUAUUAAACAUUUUUUCAUGUUUGACUUUUCCUUUAUUAAAGGGGAAUUCCAUUGUCCAAAUACAAAAUAAGCAUCAUUGUUUGAUGUGCUUUUAUAAUGUAGGUUCCUGUGUCUGUCUGCACCCAGAGCUGUCUUGCUGGUUUUAGAAAGGUGUUACGGAGGGAUUUGCCUGUCUGUUGUUUUGAGUGUGUUCCCUGUCCUUUGGGUGAGAUUUCCAACAGGACAGGUAAGUGUAUUCAAGGAAAAUGGUUAACCUUGUCUUAUAAGUACAAACAAGUGUUGUGCUAUAAAGAUAUGAUAUUGAAAUAAAAACAAAAAUUAAAAAGAAUUAAAAGCAUAUAAAAUUUUAAAUAUAACAUUUAAACAAUAACUAAUGAGCAAAAUGUUUAUAUAUAUAUAUAUUUAUAUAAGACAGGGCUCCUAUACUCCGACCGAGUACAUCUGCCAAAUCUGCCUCCUUGCCACUAUCAAGGACUGCUUCAGACCCAGUCGCUAAAUUUUGACUGGGUUUACUGAGGGCCUUUUUCACCCUGGACCAGGCAACUGUGAUUAUUGCUCUGGAAACCCUUUCUCCAGCAGCGCAGUGAUCUUAGCCCUGUCCCCAAACACCAGAUGACAUUUGGUGAAGGUUAUAAACAACAAUUAGGUUUUUUGAAAAAAAAAACACAUCUAUUUAUAUCUCCACAGCCUCAUUUGAAUACAGUAAGGUUACAGGGGUACACAAACUUUUCCUCUAGGUUCUCCACUAUAACCUCCUCCCAAAAAGCACAGUGGGUACAAGCCUACCAAUAGCAGUAACCAGUUACUGCUCUACAAAGCUUAAUUACAUUAGUGUAAAUGCAGUACUGUGGUACAAAUAAGUGUGGGGACAGACCAUAACAAGGGCUAAGUACCACAUGGGGGAGUUAAGAGAGUGACAGGGCAGCCAGCUUGAACUGGUCUGGAAUUGCCCCUGGAACAAUGGGACAACAUCCAACUGCAAAAACUGUAAGGGGUAGGGGGAAAGGCAAAUAAAAUCUGGACAUCAAUACAUUAAUUUUAAUACAUAUAACUAAAUCAUAUGGGGAAACAUACAGGCACUCAUAAUAACACAAUAUAAAACAAUAGACAGAGGGUCACUUGGGAUUCUAUUACAAAUAUAACAAGCAACCAGGAACCCACUCCCAUAGGGAUAACAGCCCUUUCUAGGGGCUCCUGCGACAAGGCCAAAGGUCUGUGGGCAGGAGGCUAGCUUUUACACAUCUCCCGAAGGCUGUGGCCCGGUAGCUUCCACCACAAAUGUUUUCAAUAGCAGAUAAAAAAAAAUGCAGAACAAGUUUAAUUUAUAAGAUUUAAAAUUUUAAAAUGUAUUUUCUCUUUUGUGGUUACUUUUAGACUCAGUUGUCUGUUUUAAGUGUUCAUGGGAUGAGUGGCCCAAUGCCCAGAAAGACAGAUGUCUUCCAAAGAACAGGGAGUUUCUCUCCUUUGAAGAGCCUUUGGGUGCUGCUCUAGCUGUUACAGGUGUUAUCUCAUCCUUGCUGCCAAUUUCCAUCUUUGGACUUUUCAUGUAUUAUAAGAACUCCCCAAUAGUAAGAGCUAACAACUUCUUUUUGAGUUGUCUUCUUCUAAUGUUGAUGUCCCUCUGCUUCCUCAGCUCCUUACUCUUUAUAGGUUACCCUCAGUCUGAGAAAUGUCUUUUGCGACAAGUUGCAUUUGGCACAGUCUUUACACUUUGCAUCUCUUGUAUUUUAGCCAAAACCUUCAUGGUGGUUUUUGCAUUCAUGGCCACAAAACCUGGUAGCAGUUUAACGAGAUGGGCAAGACCCAGCGUUUCCUAUAUAAUAAUAGCUUUAUCCAGCUUCUUACAAUUAGUGUUGUGCAUCUCCUGGAUCUCAUUUGCCCCACCUUUCCCAGUAGACAACACUCAAAUCCAACCAGGAAUUAUCAUUGUUGAAUGUAACGAGGGUUCACCCACAGCUUUCUGGUUCAUGUUGGGAUAUCUUGGUCUCCUGGCCACCACCAGUUUCUUUUUUGCCUUCUUGGCCAGAAGCCUUCCAGACAGCUUCAAUGAGGCCAAAUCUAUCACCUUCAGCAUGCUGGCCUUCCUCAGUGUGUGGGUGUCCUAUAUCCCGGCUUCUCUCAGUUCUAAAGGAAAGUACACAGUGUCCAUGGAGGUUUUUGCUAUUUUGUCUUCAAUUUGGGCCUUGCAGAUUUGCAUGUUUGUCCCAAAAUGUUUUAUUCUAUUGUUCAGACCCAACAUGAACUCAAAGGAACAACUUAUGAUAAAACGUAAGAGAUAACAUGAUAACGCCAACGUUUCCUUUUUUUAAAUUUGACAUUAACAUUGGACGUGGAGAGAUUAAUGGCAUAGGACUAAUCGAUUAUUAAUGUGCGUCUCUAUUUUAAAAACCCCCUCAAUGUAUUACUAAGUAAAAGUUCUUCUUCAUUAAAAUAUUUUUAGUGUUUGACUUUUCCUUUAUUAAAUGGACAUUCCAUUGUCCAAAAACAAAAUAAAUAAAUAAUUGUCUCGUGGCAGGUGAGCUUUUACUUGAAAGGCCAUUAGAAUGAUACUAAAAAAAACUCUAGUUAUUUAUCUAAGAUAAUGCUAAUAUCUCCCACCACACUGUUAGGUUAAAUGCUAUAUAGUUCACUACAAUAAACCCAGAACACUUCAGCUAUAUCUUUAGUGUUAUAAUUAAAUGUACCAGUCAUAUCCUUGAUCCUUGAUAUAUAUGUUUUAUUUUGUUGUUUUUGAAUUUCCAGUGCUACUUGUCUACCAGGCUUGUUAGCAUACAUAACAGUUGUCAAUUAGCUUGAAAUUAUAGCAUCCUACAGGUCCAUAAUUAAUUUAUUCGAGAGCUUAGAAUUUUCACGUCACUGAAAAUUAAAGUAUUUCUUUCUAUCUUUCCUAUUGUACAUAUUUCUAUUAAAGUAUCCACCUUCUUGUUCUCUCUCUUUUUGUUUUUUCUAAAAGUUCUUAAUUUAAUUAGAUGUCUUCUUAAUACUACCUUAUGAACCUCCCAUAACGUUGUUUUUUUUAAUGUCUGGAUUGUCAUUUUCUAAGAAAUAAAGUUUAAUACAACUUCAAAUAUCUUCUACUUUAUGAAUAUCAUCAAGAAUAUCUUCUACAUUAUAAAUAUUAUCAAAAAGAUGGUUGUUUAAGUUCCCAUUUAAAUAUUUAUAUGAAUCAGUUACCAGUUCUAGAUUACUCAAGACAGGAGCAUGAUCGCUCCAAGUAAUAUUACCAAUAGAUAUGUUUUUGAACAGAUCUAAGUGAUGGUGAGAUAUCAAAACAAAGUCUAUAUUUUUGAUGCACUCGGGACAAAUAAGUAAAAUCUUUAGUCUGUUAGUUAUGUACUCUUCAAGGGUCAAGGGUCUAUUAACUGUGCAGCAAGUAAAAUUCUCUUAACCAUAGGAAUAUUAGAAUACGAUAGAUGUGAUCGACCAUCAAAGGAGUCCCUUUCAGGAUCUGACACCAUAUUAAAGUCCAUCAGAGGAGUUCCUUUCAGGAUCUGACACCAUAUUAAAGUCCAUCGGAGGAGUCCCUUUCAGGUUCUGACACCAUAUUAAAGUCCAUCAGAGGAGUCCCUUUCAGGAUCUGACACCAUAUUAAAGUCCAUCAGAGGCAGUGAAGGCCUGGCAGAGCAUCACCAGGGAUGAAACCUAGCGUCUGGUGAUGUCUAUGCGUUCCAGACUUCAGGCUGCAAUUGACUGCAAAGGAUUUGCAACCAUGUAUUAAAAAGUGAAAGUUUGAUUUAUGACUGUUAAUCUGUCCCAUUACUUUUGGUCCCUUGAAAAGUGGGAGGCACAUAUACAAACUGUUGUAAUUCCUACACCGUUCACCUGAUUUGGAUGUAAAUACCCUCAACUUAAAGCUGAAAGUCUGCAGUUAAAGCACAUCUUGUUCAUUUCAUUUCAAAUCCAUUGUAGAGCCAAAAAGAUUAGAAUUGUGUCGAUGUCCCAAUAUUUAUGGACCUGACUGUAUAAAUUUAGACUGUGCUUUGUUAGGAGCAUAUACACUUGUCAAAUAUAUUGUUCACUGUCCAAAUAGUAAUUUAACAAAAAUAAAAUAACGUUCUUGGUCUUUUAGAGUUUCCUUUAACUCGAGAGGAGUAUCAAUAUAAAUCAAUAUUGCCACCGCCCUUGUCCUGUUUAUUUAAGGACAUGAGUAUAGAUCUCUAAAUGAAUUCUGUGUCAAUUUAUUAAUAUGUGUAAAUAGAUCAUUUCAGUGGUUAGUAGAUAACCCCCUUUAAAGUCAUAUAGGGGUAUAAAAAUAUAAAACCAAAACUGUAAUAUCACAAGUAGUCUUGUUGGUAAAACUUAAGUAAUGAUGACCAAAAGUCAGUUAAUUAGAGUCACUUGUAGGGAAGGUGGUCUAGAUCUUGUAUACAUCAAUGUUGAACCAUGUAGUGUGCUGGGUAUACCUUAAAGCAAAAAACAUCAAAUAUAGUGUGACACUGUAUAAAAUAACACCAUAUGUUUAAUACCCCAGUACAAUUCCCCCCAAAUAAGGAACUCUUACAUCAUAAGAGUACAAUGUGGUACUUAUCUCUAAGGACCACAGUAGUAGCUCAAUACACAACAGCUUCUCCUCAUAUAGCAGCUCCCGGUUCUCAAGAAAAGACAGCGUCUGCCUCGUGCACUAAGGCAGGCUGUCCAUGAUCCAAGGUGGAAGAACGCUGGGGGUGAAUCCUGUUGAACACUGGAGCCCCUUCAGGGGUAGCAAGUUUCAGAGCUUGAGCGCGAGCACCUGCAACGCGUUUCGCCCUUCUUCUGAGGACUUUAUCAAGAUAGGUGCAACGGCCGUUGCCUGUUGGUUAUAUACUUUGCCGGACAAACACAUUUGAAAGUUCUUAUAGACAUAUGUCUGUAUAAUAAAAUAUACCUGCAUGAUAAAAUGUGUGAUUGCUUACACCAAUAUUGUACAAUUAUUUCCAGCAAUGAUAAUGUAUAGAAAACUGGCAUUAUUGUCUAAUACAGAUUUCUGAUUGGGCUUUGUCAUACCCCGCAUUUUCUAUUACUAUUAAACCAGUCAUACAAUGUAUUAAUCAUGCAUAUAAAAAAUGGAGAAACUUGCAUAAUCUGUGAUAAACUAUUUCAAUGAUUCCACUACUGUCUUGAUGUUAUUAAAUAUACAAGAAUACCUUUGAGUUCGUUCUUACUCGUUAACAUUAUAUCCAGAGCGAUACAUUUUGCACAUGUUCAUUUUUAUCCAAUUGAAAUAAAAUCACUGUAUCGCAAGAGAAACUGACAGGCACAUUAGAUGUUAUAUUUAUCAUUAGAUUGUCUAACUUCCCAUCUCGUUAUUGCCGAUAUUCAUAAGGGUUUUAUGUGCAGCUUUAAAAUAAACGGGGAUUCCGUAAUGAAUGUUCAUAUUAUUAACUAGAUCGAUGUAGGAGAUUUUACUAUUUCCCCUCGGGUUUAGUCAUGAAUGAAUGUGCUGAAGGAUAAACUGAACCCUUUCCCGAUAUUGAGGUUCUCUCUUUGUACAAUUCAUAAAUGUCCUCCCCUAGGGUAUGAUACAUAUGGAUCACUUGUUCAAUAGGAUUAGGUGUAGACAAUAAACUGUUCACUUUGGGGAGUAUUUAAACAGAGGAUUUUCUUAAAAAGGAAGGAUUCUUUACAGAGAGGAUUUCUUCAUUUAAAAGGACAGUCUCCAAUAUAUUUAAUAUAUUUAAAAUCUUCACAUGAAUAGGCCGUCAUAUACUUCUGCGCCUCCUAUAGUAGUAAUUAUCUACGUUUCUAUUCUCCACCUUCCUGGUCGUAUUUGUUUCCAGGGCUGGAGAAUAUACUCAAUUUACUCAAUAAGAGAUACUUGUAUUUAGUAAAAAAAAAUUAAUAAAGCAUAAGCAAGUGAAAAUCAAAAUAAAGAUGCAAAUGCAAAUAAAAAUAGCAGCAAAGUUCUACUGUUGUGGUGGAAAUUUAAAAUGUCAGAACAUGCAUAAUGACAUGGUACCUCCCAUAACUAGGAGCAGGAACCUAAUCUUUUUAUGCGUGUAAGGAAAAAUGUGCAGCCUAGUGUAUUCUACUUAUCCCUCCUAGACGCAUCAUACAACCUUAAAAUCCAAACACUACAAUAAAUAAAAAUAGUAAAAGUUACUAACAAUAUGAUGUAGCCGUCCUAUACUAUUCGGGAUCUCAUCUUAGUUGGUAUAUUUGGGGACAAUAAAUUAGUUAUAGUCACAAUUUAUUAGUUAGUUCUAGUUCUGCAUUUAGACCUGAAGGUGCCAGAGUUUUUAAGUUGUAGAUCCAAAACAUUUCCCGAUAGGUUAAAAUCUUGCUGAGCUCUCCUCCUCUCCAUGGUGCUUCCACUUCCUGGGUACCACAGUAUGUGAGUAAUGUCGGGUCACUAUUGUGGUGUGUUUUAAAGUGGCUGGCAGCAGUUGUGACUAAAACAAUUUUAACGGAUGUGAAAUACUGCUUAGGGUACAUUUUAUUGGGGCAUGUGAUCUUGGAGUUUGCCCUGAGACAUACAGAACAAACGUGCAACAGUCUGCAAGAACUUAAACCACCAGAUCUGGGCUUUCCCAAGAAAAACAAUAGGCUGACCUAAUUUUCCCUUCAAUUAUCUUUGUUAAGCUUGUGGUGGGUUAUUAGUAAGACUAGUGGUAGUUGUAUUAGUAGGGCAUAGGUUGGUGGAAUGUGAUGUAGAAGCAUGCUGGUGUCCUGAGGCCUGCAAAAAGCUUGCAAGUCAAAAAGUAAUUUUUUUUUAUACUGAACUGCACCAAGGCUACCUCCACCUUGGCUGUAAAGGUUCGUGGUAGUCAUAGAAUGCAGAGCCCCUCUAUUUGUAACCCAGACCAACCAACCUGUACAAAUAUAAAUCGAAUUCUUCACUAAGGUGUGGGAAACUGGAGCAUACUACAUCUCUGUAAAUACCAAAAACUAGUAGAAUUCGGGAAUAGAUAACUUUUUGUUCAGCCAUGGAUCUCUUUCUACAAGAGAACCAUAAUUAGAAUUACCUGUUUGAACUGGCUUGCUGACUAAUGCCAAGUGGCAAAAAAGAUUAACUAAGUGGCUUGAGAUGCUCUAUCUAUGCUUGGGUUGAGGGGAGCUGAGGCCACCGAAUGAUGUGGUGGGAUGUAGGCCUCUUAGUGACAAGUAUGAGCAUAAUAUAGUGUGGGAUUGGCAGGUGAGGCCCUAACUAUGAAACCUUGUGGGGCGCUAGCUAUGAUUUGGGAUGAGGUAUGACCUCUAAGUUAAGGUAUGGAAGGCCUAGAGACCCAUAGAAUUGGGAUUCUUACAUUACCUUAUAGCCAGUAAAGAACUUAACCUUUACUAAUUAUAAUGUAAGAAGUCGGGUUGAAUUGAGUCGUAAUUUGAAACGUACCUGUUGGAAUUGAGGCUGAUUAAUGAAUUGAGCUCCAAGUCUAAAAUAAAAAGAUAUUUUAGAAGACAUGACAUAAGUAUAUAAUACUAGAAUACAUCUAGACUAACGAUGAACAAUAUUAAAAUGCUACUAGAAUUAUUAAAGUAACUGUUAGGGGAAUAAUGAAACUUCAAGAUUAAUAUGGAAACCAAGAAUAGAAUAAAUAAUAUAUAUAUAUGGAUAUUUUAAAUAGUUAUAUUAGACAUAUGGAAAUCAUUUAACACCUAAACUGCCAUACGGGGCAUAAAACAUUUACCAAUAACUUACUAGGUUAAAAAUGCAGAGGUUUCUGUUAACUGAUACCUAAUGACAGGAUAGUGGAACCUAGAAUAACUAAUAGAAUGUAUAGAAGCGUAAGAAGCACAAUUUGUUGACUUGUAAGUGUUAGUAAAUCGUAUGGGGACCCACAACUUAUGCACACUCCUCCUAAUACACAUACCUACAAGUUUGAUAAUUGUAUUCAUAUCAGAAGAUCAAAGUACGUACCAACCUCCAGGAUUUGGGUGUAUAAUAUGCAUGUUGGAUAACCAGUAAUGAUGUUGAGUAAUGUAAAAAUUCCCAUCCUUUAUAUCUCAAGAUUAUGGCAAUUCUAUAUAUGAUAUAUUUGGUAAUGGUUGAACUUUAAUAUUAUAAUUUCUAAUAGUACCAAAAUGAGUUUAAAUUUAUUAGUAAUGAAAAUACUUUGAAAAAGCCUGUCAUAGGUGAAACGCGUUGUUAUCAUCAAGUGUUAUUAUAAUUUUUUUAAUACCUUUUAUUAUCUCCAAAUAAAGCCUAUAGUUUUAUACUACUUUGGAGAUUCCAGACCUAUCUUUGAAAAUAUAUUUUUAUCCUUAAACUUUAUCCUGAAGAUUCGCACAGGUUGGCUUUUUACUUUUUCUAACUGUCUGUCAUUUUAAUAAAUCAGGUUUAAGACAUGCGUGUGAAGACAUACCUAAAAACACUAACCGCUUCACCGCAACUUUUCUGCCGGAUAUAUGCAAGAGACUGCCUCCCCUGCCUGUUACCUUGCCCCCCUCCUCUCCUCCUCUCAACUACAAAAUUUGCAAGGUGAAAAACUCUUUUUUUACUGUACCUGACCUAUACCCACGUGGAUAGAGCUGAUAAUCAGAACGCGAGGCUGUAUUAUGGCAUUGGGGACUGGAUGUGCUAAGCAGCCAGAAGGUAAAAUAUUUUUUUUAAAAAGUCUGUGAGUAGCAAUUGGAGCAUAAAAUAUUUUUUGCCGAUAUUUAUAUGCAUUAAAGCUCUCCAAAGGGAGCAUUCAUUUUUUUUUUACCCCAUCCCUCAGCCUCAAAAAAAAAAGGAGACUAUUUCCCUUGCUUGCUUCCUCCCCCAUCUUCCCAGUUACAGAUAAAUCUAAAAAAUUGCACUUGUGUAGAUGUAUAUGUUAAUGGGACAAUCUGCCUACCAUUUGUAAAAGUAGACGCUCCAGAGUAUCUCAUAAGGUGCAUAUUGUGCCUUAACAUGCCCCCAUUUUUUCACCAAUAUAUGCCAAAUUAUGUGGUAAAAAAUAAUUUUGUGCGUUUUUUACAUAUGGAUUGCAUUUUUGCUGGGAAUUUUGUAUAUUUCACACGUGCCACUAAGUUCAAACCCCCCAAAUUAUGUUCAGCUAAGUCUUCUGAGUAAAAAGACACCCCAAUGAAUGUCUUUGGCACUAUUUCGUGAAGCUACAGUUCCAUAUAGGAGACCAAGCCAUAUCAGUUUUUACCGAACUUUGAAUUUUGACGCUGGACCUAUGUGCUAUUUCCAAGCAUCUUGGCAGGUUUUAAAUUCAAACUACCCACAAAGGCCUACCAUUUCUUAAAGUAGACACCCCAGGGUAUUUCAAAAGGUAUAUUCUAAACCUUAGUGCAAGAUCAUUUUUUUGUUAGUUUGUACCAAGUCUAGUUGCAAUUAGCAUUUUUUUCUGCCUUUUUGACACACACUUGGAGAUGUUACUGUAUAUUUUGCUAUCCUUAUGUGUUCUACGGCAGUAUAACACCUAAUGUGUUGCUCAGCUAUGUCCUCUUAGUGCAACAAUGCCCCCAUGUGUACCUUUUUCAGGGUUAUGUGGAUGUUGAAGGGGCACAUUGGAGACACUCCACUUUCUUAUUUUUCAAAAAUGGAUGCUGGGCCCAAGUCUCAUUUUAGCAGCACAUGACUGCAAAUUACCUCUCAAAGGCCACAUAUAUUUUAAGUAUAAGAAGCUCAUCAAUUCAAAUUAUGAACAAGUGCAUACUAUUUGCUGUGAAAAGGGGGAAUAGUUGGGGUAAACUUAUCUGGGGGUAGUACCCAGUCAUCUGCGUCCCAUGCAAAGCUGUCAUGGAUUCCCAAACCAAAACACAGACAGACCACAAAGAGAUAGAACACAGAGAGAGAAACUUGUAAUACCGGUCCUUAGAAUAGCCGGGCUAUACAAGCAGAGAAUUGUCAAGGUACAAGCCAAAGGAGUAAAGAGAAAUGGAACAAUGAUAGGACAAACCGAGGUCAAGGAUCAGAGAAGACAGGAUAAGCGGGAGACAAAGCCAAGAUUCUGUAACCAAUCAGACAGAUGACUAAAAAUCACACCCCAAAACUGGUCUACUUAUUCGGCCUGGGUGUAAAAUUUUUUAAAACAGUGGCCAAUACAUAGGCAAGGCUGAGAGGGGCAAUCAGGGCAGUAAUAGCUGUUCUCAGCUCUUACGCCUCUCUUGUAACACACCCUGCACCUUUUCUGGGGGUUUUUUUGUGGGGUUGGGGGUUGGUGGAAUCUUAAAGCACAAGUGACCUGCCUCCAUUCUUCUUCUAGGCUCCACUGAUGGUCUCCUUGUGUGGCACUCAAGCAGCCCAGAAAUGAGCUCAAACUGGAAUGAAAGAAAAGUGCUUUUCAGCCCAGUAUUUGCCUUUUUAAAAAUGACAAAGGCAUUGUGGGUUGCCAUCUGCAUCAGAUAUAUGCCCACUUUUUUAUACCAUGUCCUGGUCUUUCGCAUGAUCAAAUACGGCUGCAUCAGUUGAUCGGACAGGUCAACGCCCCCAUAUGUCGAUUUAUUGAGGGUAUAUAUAGUGGCAAAUUUACUGUUAAAGUGGGCAAUUAGAGGGCGUAUUUUAUAAAGAAGAUCAUACUGCGGAUGACCUUUUGGGGGGCACUUGUUAUUGUCACUGAAGUACAUAAAUUACAGUAUGUCUUCAUAUCUUUCCCUCGUCAUUGUCUCUGCAAAAAUGGGGGUAUUGCAAACAGGAUGUUUAGACCAAUACAUCCUAAUUGUGGGCUUUUUAAUUAUCCCCAUUAACAUGGUCAGUGCCCAGAAUUGUUUCAAUUCUGGCACCCUGGUUGGGUUCCAUCUUUUUUUCCUGGAGAUAAGAGAGUCUGGAUUGCGUGCCAAUAAUAGAGUCUGGAUUGCGUUAACGCUGGGUGACUAUCUCCCCCAAAAUCACAUCCCCCAAGAACAGCUGCAUAAAAUCUAGCGCACUAUAGCCAGAAAGGUCAGCCUGUAUGCCAGGAUUGGCUGUAAACUCUGGGAUGUCUGGGGAAAAAUUAUUAGGGGGUACCCAGUCAUCUGCGCCUGAUGGUCCUGCAGUAUCUGACACAUAGUCCCUGUCCCCUGUGUCCCCUGCAUAACUCCCUGCAUCACUCUAUGAGGCAGUGUCUGAGUCGGCCGCUAACAGGGCAUAAGCCUCCUCUGCACUAUACUUCCUGAACAUUGUUAAAUACAAUUAACACAGCUAGCAAAACUUUAACUAAAUAACUAAACUUUUUUUAAUUCCCUAAUUCCCACUAAAUUCCACCCACCCAAGUAACUAAAUCACAAAUUAAUAAAAUCAAAUCAUAAAAUGUAACCCUUUAGGGUUACAAAAAACAUAAAAUGUAACCCUUGAAUGUAAAAAAAUAAAAAUAGAUCACAGUAAAGUACUGUGACCUGUAUAUUGAUCACUGCUAGCAGUGAUCAAGCAGUAGGGAAAGGGUUAUUUUUUUUUAACUACAGGGAAAGGAAUUUUAUACUUUGUAAGUACUUAGCAAUAACGCAGGGACACAAUGUUGCAACGAUUCAUCUCUCUCCACUUCACAAACCCACACGAGGUGGAGGGAGGCGGAUCAGAUAUCACAGCAGCAUGGUGGCCGCUGUGACUGGCUGUCACAGCAAUCACAUGGGCUGGGAUAUUGGGAUUUGCUGUUGCUGGUCUGCCCCUGACUCGAAGGCACCCAGCAACAGCGUUAACCCCGCAAUCGUCGGCACCACAACAAUCGGAGGUUAAUUUUAACGGGUGACAGACAAGGUCCGUCACUCGUCGUUAAGGCUUUCCCCUGAGUGACGGACCUCUUCUGUCACUCGUCAUCAAGGGGUUAAUGUAACACCUCUUAUAAACAUACAAAUAAUAUUGUACAUAUUUUGUACAUAUUUGUACAUAGUUACGAAAAUCAAAAAUCCUUAAAAAAGAAAAAUGAAAAAAAAAGAAGAGAAGAGGGAAAAAAGGGAGAAAGAGCUAAAGAAAAAAGGAAGAGGGAGAGAAGAAAUUGGGAAGGAGAAAAGAGGAAAAAGAUUUACAAAAAAAGAAGAGAAGGAGGAGGGAGAAGAUAAAGAGGAAAAAAAUGGAAGGAAAAAAGAAAGGCAAAAGAAAAGAGGAAAAAGAGAGGAGAAAGGGAAAGAAGAAAUGAGGAAGGAAGAGAGGGAGGAAAAAGAAAUAAACAUAUAAGAAAUAGAAGCUAAUUUGGAAACACAAAAAAAAUACUUUUUUCUUUUUUUUAAUACUGGAAUAUCUUCUAAACUGGAGGUUCUUUUGGAUGACUGAUUUUUCAAAGGAAAAUGGAAAAAGAGAAGAAAAAAAACAAGAAAAGAAAGGAGAAAGAGAGAAAGGCAAAAAGAGAGAGAAAAGAAAAAGAACAGGAAAGAAGAAGGAAGAUAAUAGAAAGAAACGAGUAAAAAAAAAAAGGAAAGAAACAGAAAAGGAAAGUAAAUAAAAAGCAAAGAAAAAGGGAGAAGAAAAGGAAAGGGAGAAAAAGGGGGAAAAGAAAAAAGGAAAAGAAAGCAGAAAAUAGAGAGGUAAAGGAAAAGAAGGAAAAAAAGGAAAUGGAGAAAAAAAGAAAGAAAAUGGCUCACAAAAAAGAAAAAUCCUUAAUCUCUGACAAAAACAAAUCUAUAAAUCUGUGUUGUUAUUAUGUAUUAAUGAGUUUUAUGAUUUUUCAGAGGGAAAUAAGACAGGGAAAAACAUACUGGCUUAAGGAAUGUGAGGCACAAAUUAAUACAAUAAAUAUAAAUGACACUUAACUUUUUAUCAAUCAAUAAUCAGUAUUUUUAUAAAUACUACAUAUAAAAGAGGCCAACUAUAUCAUACUCUACUUCAAAAUUUUAUAGAUGUAGCAUAUGUGCAAGAAACUCAUUGGAUCGAUCCAACUAUGGAGAUUUUCUCAUUAUCCAUACGUUUAUCAAGACAAUAUGAUGGACGGAAAAACAAAACAAAACGAAGAGUAGCAAUAUUGAUUUCUGAUAAGGUUAAGUUUGAGUCGAUCUUUGAGGAAAUGGAUAAUAAAGGUAGAUACCUCAUUUUGACAUGUAAAAUCAAUGAUUUAUUAUAAACAUUAGCAAAUGUAUAUUGUCCUAAUCAAUCUCCAAUAAAAAUUUUAGAAAAGAUAAUGGAUGGAAUAGAUUAGAUAACACAAGGUACACUUAAAUUGUGUCUUAGACAUCAAACUAGAUAAAAUUCUGCCAUUUCAUGCAAUUAUAUAUCCCCAAAUAAAAUAUAAUUCAGACUUACUUCAAGAUUUUCUUGCAAAAAACUCAUUGUAUGAUAUAUGGAGAGUAUUACACACCCAAGAUUGGGAUUAUACCUUAUUUUCAAAUGUACGUUGUUCAUAUUCAAGGAUUGACUUGUUCACUACCAAAUUACAUUCAAAAAACAAAUGUAUUUCCUCAAAGAUCGGCUCAAUUACAUGGUCAAACCAUGCACCUUUGCUUUUAAAGAUUAAAAAUAUUAGAGAAUAUAUUCCUAAAACAACAUGGGGAUUAAAUGAAUUUGUAUGCUCACCUGGCCCAGAUAUGAAUAAGAUUACAAAACAAGCUGAGGACUUCUUCGAAAUUAAUGAUAACGGAGAAGCUUCACUCUUCUCUGUAUGGGGAUCUUUUAAAUGCUAAAUGAGAGGGCUACAUAUAAAACUUGGCUCACAGAUGAAAAAAAAAGAGAAGACUCUUUAUUGAAUCUGAAUAUAUCUGUGAACUGUAAAUAUAUAUGUGAACAAGUAAAAAUAAAUAAAGACAAUCCGAAUUCAAACACUUCUAAAUAAAUUAUGCAAAUUCAAAAUCAAAUUAAGCUUAAAGAAAAAAUAAAUAAAAACUUAAUGAUUUUAAAGCAAAAUUGGUACCUAAAUAACAAUAAAAUUGACAAACUCCUCGCUAAUAAAUAAAAAUUUAAAAAGAAGAAUAUCUAAAUAAAAAGUAUAUCUAAAAUAAAGUUAAGAAAUAAAAUUAUUUUAUCCCCCUAAACAAAUUGAGAAGCAUUUAGAUCCUACUAUGAUACUCUAUAUAAUUCAAUGAGGAAAUACAAGAUAAUAUUGUUAAAGAAUUUAAAAAAAAUGCAACUUACCUAAAAUCAAAUAAAAAAAUUUAGAACAAUGAAAUAAACCCUUUUCUAUUUCUGAGAUUCAAAGUACAAUAGAAUGAAAAGUUCCAAAGCUCCAGGACCAGAUGGAUUCUCUGUGAUUUUUUACAAAAUAUUUAACAACAUAGUUUCCCCUGUGUUACAACGUAUUUACACAAAGUUCUCUAUCUGCAAAAGUGUUCCACAGGACUUACUUCAGGCCAAUGUUCUCCCGAUCCCCAAACCUGGGAAGGACCAUGACACCCUGACAAAUUAUCGACCUAUCUCAUUGAUCGACUUAGAUAUCAAAAUAUUUUAAAGAUAUUAGCAGAAAGACUGAAAACGACAAUUCCUGAAAUUAUUCAUAAAGAUCAAACAGGAUUUGUUGCAGGAAGAGAUUUAGCUGAUAACACUUGACAAAUUUUAAAUAUAAUAGAUUAUCUAAAAAAAAUCAUAAAAUACAAUCAGCCUUAAUAGCACUAGACGCUGAGAAGGCUUUUGACAGGGCGAACUGAAAAUUACUGGGUUUGCUGAUGAAGAAUUUUGGUUUAACAGGCUUUUUCAAGGACAGUACAAUAUCACUUUACACAAAUCCGCGAGCUAGAGUCAUUUGUCCGGGUCUGGUAUCAGAUUGGUUUGAUGUCCGAAACAGCACUAGACCAGGAUGCCCUCUGGCACUGCUUCUGUACAUAUUAACCAUAGAACCACUAGCAGCCUUAUUAAGACAAAACAAUAAGAUUGAAGGUAUAAAAUCACCUUAUAUGCAGAUGAUGUUUUACUAACUUUAUCUAAUCCAAUCGAAUCAAUCAAUAGAAUGUAUUAAAUCUAAAAAUUUUAUAUCCUUAAAUUCAUACUGCACCAAUUAAGCUCUUCAAUUUUAUAUUAAAAAUAUAAACCUAUCUAAAUGGAUAGAAUGGAAUAUUCUGAAAAUAAUACAAAUUGCUUCCCCCCCCCCCCCCCUCCCCUUAGAGAAAGUAAAACCAUUCAUAGACUUUCAAAAACGAUUACUUCACCAGGAAUGGCUUAAUUAUGCCAAAAUAAAACAUCUGAUCGAUAAUCAGGCUACUAAGGAAUAUCCAGAAUUUGAUAUUCUUACUAGUAACCAUCAUAAAAACAAACAAAUAUUACAAAAUCUAUAGAAUACAGGAAAAAUAAAUUCCAUAAUAAAAUGGGAAAGAGAUAUAAAUAAAUCUUUCACAAUGAAUAAAUGGGGAGAUGAAUUUAUUAGAAUUAGAAGAACAACUUAUAGUCUUAGCUUAAAAGAAACAUUCUUUAAAAUUACCCAUAGAUGGUAUCUCACUCAUAGCAUAGAAUUAAAAAAUUUAAAAUUAAAUACUCAGAAAAAAGUUGGAGAUGUAUAAAAGGAAGAGACACACUUUACCACAUGUGGUGGGAAUGUGAAGAUUUAGCAGGAAUCAAGAAGCAUAUUUUUAACAUAUUCAUACAGCUAGGUAUAUCUCGAACAAGGUUAUUGCCUCAAACGUUAUUUAAUUAUGAUUUCCCAAACCUCAACUCUAAACAGAAAAUCUUACUUAUUCAAAUUAUAAUAGCAACCAAACUUAUAAUAGCUAGAAAAUGGAAAAUUCCUACAGCACCAUACUGGAUGGAAAUACAAAAUCAAAUCAAUUAUCAAAGACAGAUGAAAGAGGCAUUCUAUAGAAAUUCUGGCAAACUUUCCCAACACAACAAAAUAUAGGAAAAUGGAUCACUCUAUCCUAAAAGAAAAAUAAAUAAUACCAUGAGAAAUAGUCAUUUAAAAGAUAAAAUAUAUACUGACUUUAAUUGAAUAUAUCAUCUUAUUUUAAGUAUGCCAGUAUACCCUCAUGACUCUCAACCACUUCCUCUCAUUAUCUCUCAUUAUCUCCAAAUUCCCUCUUUCUCAGUCCCCCCCCCCUUUUUUGUAUGAAUGGCAGAAUGAAUGAACAUUGGAGUAGGAUUAAACACUGUUAUUGAAUAACGCACUCAGAGAUAUAUAAAUUCACAUUAUUACUCCAAUGUUAACCAUUUUUGUAAUUUCUAAUCCUGUCAACAUUUUGAUUGUGUUAUUGUAUUGUAAUAAAUGUAUUGUUGCUAAAAUUUAAUAAACAUUAAAUAUAUAUAUAUAUAUAUAUAUUUAAAAAAAAAAGAAAUACAACCCCACUCUGUUGAAUUUCCACAAAUGAAGUUGAGCUUCAGGCUAGUUAGGCUGAAAUCCUCAAUCCUUAGUGAAGAGAGCAACUCUGUCGAAUGGAAAGGGCUUUGAUUUUGCAAAUGCAAAUAUAAAUCUAUACACACACAAUUUAUAUAUAUACUGCUAUGUUUACAAUAGGGUUAAUACAGCCUCUAGGGGCUGUCUCGUUGACAACCACUAGAGGUGCUUCUGUGCUUCUCACUGUGAUUUUCACAGUGAGAAGACGCCAGCGUCCAUAGGAAGCAUUGAGAAUGCUUUCCUAUGGACUGACUGAAUGCGCGCGCGGCUCUUGCUGCGCAUGCACAUUCAGCCGAUGACGUCCAAAGGAGGAGUAGAGUCCCCAGCGCCAAGGGAGCCCGCGCUUGGGAAAGGUAAGUGAUUAACCUCUUCAUCCAACUUCAGCCCGGUGGGAGGGGGGCCAUGAGGGUGGAGGGGACCUAAUGACUACAUAGUGCCAGGAAAACUAGUUUGUUUUCCUGGCACUAUAGUGGUCCUAUAACAGAUUUAUUUAACCAAUCAUUGGAGUAGUCCCAGAAGAUUGGAAGUUAGUGAAUGUUGUGCCCAUUCACAAGAAAGGUAGUAGGGAGGAGUCGGGCACCUACAGGCCAGUAAGCCUUACUUCAGUAGUGGGGAAAGUAAUGGAAACCAUGUUAAAGGAUCGGAUUGAUGAACAUCUAAAAACACACGGAUUUCAAGAUCAGAGGCAACAUGGGUUUACUUCAGGGAAAUCAUGCCAAACUAAUCUUAUUAAUUUUUGUAACAGGAUUGAUGUUCCAGGAGGGAUAAGCUAAAUGUAAAUGAUUUAGGAAAACUAGAAAAAUUAUCUGAGUUGUGGCAAAUUACAUUUAAUGAGGAUAAGUGCAAGAUAAUGCAUCUUGGAUGUAAAAAUGCAAGGGCAGAGUACAGAAUAUUUGAUAGAGUCCUAACCUCAACAUCUGAGGAAAGGGUUUUAGGGGUGAUUAUUUCUGAUGACUUAAAAGUAGGCAGACAAUGUAAUAGAGCAGCUGGAAAUGCUAGAAUAAUGCUUGGUUGUAUAGGGAGAGGUAUUAGCAGUAGAAAGAGGUCUCAUGCCAUUGUACAGAACACUGGUGAGACCUCACUUGGAGUACUGUACGCAGUACUGGAGACCGUAUCUCCAGAAGGAUAUUGAUACUUUAGAGAGAGUUCAGAGAAGGGCUACUAAACUGGUUCAUGGAUUACAGGAUAAAACUUACCAGGAAAGGUUAAAGGAACUUAACAUGCAUAGCUUGGAGGAAAGACGAGACAGUGGGGAUAUGAUAUAAACAUUCAAAUACAUAAAAGUAAUCAACACAGUAAAGGAGGAGACUAUAUUUAAAAGAAGAAAAACUACCACAACAAGAGGACAUAGUCUUAAAUUAGAGGGGCAAAAGUUUAAAAAUAAUAUCUGGAAGUAUUACUUUACUGAGAGGGUAGUUGAUGCAUGGAAUAAGCUUCGAGCUGAAGUGGUAGAGGUUAACACAGUAAAGCAGUUUAAGCAUGCGUGGGAUAUGCAUAAGGCUAUCCUAACUAUAAGAUAAGGCCAGAAUUGGGCAGACUAGAUAGGCCGAAUUAUUCUUAUCUGCCGUUACAUUCUAUGUUUCUAAGUUUCUAUAUACCGGUAUAUAAAGUUCCAAUUGCUUGCACUCCUGUAUUCAAAUAUAAGCCCGGUGCUUAAUAGCCAAAAGAUCUAAAAAUAAUGUAAAGAUAGCACUGCAGGGACUUCAAAAUAGCUUGAAAAAAACAUAUCUUUUAUUCAGGCAUCUGCCAAGGUGAACCAACGUUUCAGUGCUCUACUGGAACUUCCUGACAAAAGAAAUCAACGUUUCACACACACACACACACGACAUAUGAACAUGCCCACCUACAAAUACAUCCACACACAAGCACCAAUACAUGUACUUUGAUGCAGUUUCAUUGCUCUACUUACUCAGUCAUUUUCAAUGUGACGGCCACACAGUACACAUGCUCACUCAACGGCAUCUAGCGCCCCCCACUGACUAGUACAGUGAAGUAAUCAUUGUUCAUGGAUGCUCAUUGUUCACAUCCAGUCCACUAGCCUUGGCUGCCGGUUACAUUUAUGUCACGCAAACCAUUCUCGUUAUAUUAACAAUGGCUGGACUUUUUCCUGACAGACCUCCUAUAUAUAUAUAACAUUUAUUGUGACAGAACCAUCUGUCUGCUUGUAUUUUAGUUGCAUUCGUCUGUUUGUCUCCCGUUCGUAUGAAUGGCUGGUUUCAAUAGCCCAGCCAUUCGAAUGACUCUUUUUCCCGAACAAACCUGCCGAACGGACGGCCACCCAGGAGAGAAGUGUGUUGCUGGUUAACCUUUUGAUCCCAAUUAGAACGUUGUGGUUAACCGCAGACACUUCUCAAUUAAACCGAAUUCAGGGUGGUCGUCGUUCCUAUGUCGACCACGAGGCAGCGGCCAUUUUAAACCAAGCGAAAGCCCAGCGGUGUUUGGCUCUAUUUCUAUGGAACUAAAAACGGACACUUUUUCUGCCGAACACCGCUGAAACAACGGAACGCCUGGCUGCCUCCACGAAAGCAUGCGAACACCGGCCGUUCGGGAGAUUUGGAGCAUACGAAAAGACUUAACCCAGAUAGCCUUCCCAUGGAGUCAUUCGUAUACCGAAAGACUGUAAGAACUUUGACUCCAUGGCGAUUGAACUAUGUGUGUGGGAUCUGAGCGCUAUUCGCUAAUAAUAUGCACUCAGAUCCAGGCUAUCUGGGGAUAUGUGAUACGAAUGGGAAAUGUUCGGUUAUUUUGAAGUUAUGCAUUUUUAUGUCUUUUAUGUUUUUAUAUUUAAGAUGGCGACUGGCUUUGUCCUGGAGUUAAUUGAGUUACUUGGUAAUUAACUCCAGGGCAGAGGGGAGGGAAUCAUAAUGCACUGUGGGUAAAAUCUGUGACUGUGUGUCUGGAAUGUCCCCAUAUCUGUCUGUCAUUUAAGUCUCCCAUUUGGUCCCCUAGGGGAGUGUCCACCAAGUGGGAGACCUGCAUAAAUACGGGCAGGUAGCCCACAGUAAAGCCAGAUCCUGUUUGACCCUCAAUGCGGAGCUUCUGUCUCGUUAUUGGGGGGAUUUCUUCUUCACGUUUAGAGACUGCUGGAUGGAACGGAAGCCGCUUGGUGAAUAUUGCUGUUCGGCGGCUAGCAGCAGUUCGUGUAUUGCCGUUCGGGAGUUUGGAGCCGUUCACGGAUCCCGGUCGGGAGAUUGCCGCUUCCCCUGCAUUUGGUUCGUGUACUACAGGUUAGGCUAACGGAGUUACUGUUACUGCAGCCGGGGAAGGUCUACUAAACAGCGGUUUUGCCUAAAGACACUGGAGGUGUCUUAACAUUUAUAUGUUAUAAAAAUCAAAGAAAAGAGUUAAUUGCGCGUUAUCUCAAAUCCUUAUUUUUUUUUUAAACCACUACACACUUAUUAACCCUUAAUAGGGAACACAUGGGGUGGGCGACAGCACUGUAAUAUGGCCGUAUAAUACAAAGGCAAAUACAAACAUACAAAAUGAAGUACUGCAAUGAAGUACAGCUGCAAUUCCUAUAGUACACAUCUGCCCCAAUACCUACAAUAAAAACAAAGAAAAGAGACACCACGCAAACUAUCCCAAAUCCCUUUCAUCACUGGACACAAAUAUGAGUGUUUUAGAGCAGUAAAAUGCAUAAUGAUGAUGAUGAUGAUGAUCUCAUCAGUGAAAUAGUCAUUUUUGUGAGAAACAUGCAAAAAACAAAUAUGAACACUAACUUUGUCCAGGAUUUGUAAGUGGCUACUAAGAGAGACUGGACAUACCCAAUUUUGAAUACCCUGGGUUGCCAGUUUUGAAAAAUUUUCAUUUCUGGGAUGCGAUACUGUCUCAAAGGCAACAUAGGCUCAGCAAACCAAACUGGUAAAUUUCAAUGUGUAAAAACUGAAAUCGUCAAGCUCCUUAUUUGAUCCUGUAGUUUUCCAAAACCCCACACAACCUGUACAUGGGGGUCAUUGUUGUGCUUGUACGACAUCACAGCAUACAAAUAUGUGUAAGAGUAUUCUGACAUUCACAGUUAAAACGCAAUGCAGAACUACAUUUUUUUAUGUGUGAUGAAAUUCCUGUUUCUCCUGAACAAAAUGAUACAUAAUAAGUGUGUGUGCACUUACUAUGAAAAAGGUAAAUUAUGGUUGAACAGAUAUUUAACUCAAAUUCCAGGUUUUGUUUUGGUUUGGUCGGAAUUUGUUCAAUUGUCCGUAAGGGGUUAAUUCUCUUUCUCGUUAAGUCCAUGUGUGCCAGUCUAUCCCCAAGUCCCUUACAGCCAUCACUGGGGGAAAUAGUAAGGGAGAUUAAAUAAUUAACUGCUUAACACCACUUACUAUGUUUAUGAGAGCGGUGGGAUUUAUUUCUGUAUAAAGUUAUACAUACAGAUGACAACGACUGACAGAGAAGGGGAUAUGAAGUAUGAAUGAUUUUUCUAUUUAACAUUAAUACAGAAAUAAAGGUAUUAUUUCAGGUUCUGCACAGAAUCUAUUCCAUUUCAUCUCCUUCAAUGCAGAAUGUAAUAGGAUAGGAGGCAGAUCAAACUUCACUCAUUUCAUUAUUACAAAGGAACUUCAUUCUUUGCACACAUUUACUGCUUUAAAAACAAGCUGGAAUAGGCCCCAUGAAUGUCUAUCUCAGCCUUGUUUGAUCUCCACAGGGCUAGAGGAGGUUCAGAGCAGUGUUAUGUUAUCGUAUUUCAUCAAAUUAACAUAUGAUAUGUGUACCAGGAAUGAAAAUGAAUGGAUAAAGCAGUUUAUUAGAUGGAACAUUCUAAUAAACAUCAUUGUUCAUGGAUGCUCAUUGUUCACAUCCAGUCCGCUAGCCUUGGCUGCCGGUUACAUUUAUGUCACGCAAACUAUUCUCGUUAUAUUAACAAUGGCUGGACUUUUUCCUGACAGACCUCCUAUAUAUAUAUAUAUAACAUUUAUAUUUUAUAAAAAUCAAAGAAAAGAGUUAUUUGCGCGUUAUCUCAAAUCCUUAUUUUUUUUUUAAACUACUACACACUUAUUAACCCUUAGUAGGGAACACAUGGGGUGGGCGACAGCACUGUAAUAUGGCCGUAUAAUACAAAGGCAAAUACAAACAUACAAAAUUAAGUACUGCAAUGAAGUACAGCUGCAAUUCCUAUAGUACACAUCUUCCCCAAUACAUACAAUAAAAACAAAAAAAAGAGACACCACGCAAACUAUCCCAAAUCCCUUUCAUCACUGGACACAAAUAUGAGUGUUUUAGAGCAGUAAAAUGCAUAAUGAUGAUGAUGAUGAUGAUCUCAUGAGUGAAAGAGUCAUUUUUGUGAGAAACAUGCAAAAAAAAAAUAUGAACACUAACUUUGGCCAGGAUUUGUAAGUGGCUACUAAAAAAGAUUGGACAUACCCAAUUUUAGAUGAGACAGAUACACACACAAAUAGUCACAAUCACAAUAAACAAAUCCAUCACAUCUCUGUAAACAUAUCUGUGAACAACAUUAUUCAAUAAUUAACGGUCCAUCUGGGGAUCUCUUGUUGUUGCUGCCAAACCAAACACCAAUAUUCAGAUACAUGGUUUAUGGCUGUGGAUCUUGCUUACUUGGGGCUAUUUCAGGUUAGUAAGUAGACCUGCUAUACGUUUCAGGCAACUUCUGUGCAAGUUAGUAUAUUUUUUCUUAUCUACCACCUGGAAGUCCACUGGUGGUCCAAGACCUCACUCUCCACAGGUGGUCCUAUGCCACACUCUCUACAGUUGGCCUGAUGUCUCAUUUAUUUUCCUACUUCAGUGAAUCACAGAAAUGUACUGAACUUUUGUAGAGUUAAAUAAUAGUCAUAAAAGUGUACCUUUUAUUGACCUAAUCUGACUGUUAUUUUUUAUUUUUUUUUACUUUUUGUACUUAUGAGAAGUUUGUUGUGAUCACUACAUUUUCCAUCAUGUAGUGAUGGAUUAUAUUAAGACCAGAGCAGACUUUCUGUGAAGGGAAUUGUCAUCAAUUUUAUUCCCAAGCUAUGUCUAGAAAAAGCAUAGAAUUAAGUAAGGAAUUGAUCAGUGGUCAUUGCACCUCUCAGAAUGCCUCUCCAUUGGAAAUGUAUUACUUAUAGAUCGGGGUUAAUCUGUGUAGAGUAAAUAUCUCAUGCUGUAAAAUCCUCAAAACACUAUUUACCAGGUUUUUGUAUACCCGUCCCCUCACCCUGCUUCUGAUUCCACUCCUUAGCAAUCAUACUAAGUAGCUGGACUAGAAGUAGAUGGAGCAGAAGAAAGUGGGCUGUUUUUGUUAUAUGACUUGUAUGUUAUGGCUGAUGUAUCAAAUUGUAUGAUGAAAUGUAUGCCGGACAUAUUGUAUAAAACAAACAAGGAGAAUACUUUGGCGCUGCCAACUAGAAACAGUUCAGGAUUUUUGUGUGAGCAUUGCUAACAUUUUAUUUUUCUGAUUAUACUCAUAAAUUAUGACUAUUUAUUCUUUGUAGGAUUUCCAUGAAUUUGCAUCAAAAUCACAUUUUUGAAAUCUCAUGCAAAUUGAAAACCAUUGUCUAUUGGCCAAUAUGGCACAUUGUGCUGUUCUACCUUUUGCCGGCUUCCCUUUACGAUCAACCAGGGUGCAGACUACAUGGAUCUGAUUUAAUCGGACAUUCAGAGAAUGGAGAUCUGUUAAUAGGUGCAGGGCUCCCCUUUCACAUAGACAGAUAUGUGGAUAGGAGUAAAAUAUUAUUUACAGAGCCUCCUCAAAAUAAACCAUGUACAUUGUAAGUUUUCUAUGUCCUUAUAUCAUUUUUUUCAUGAUUUAAUUUGUUCUGUAUGUGUUUAUUUUGCUAGUCUAUAAUACUGAAUUCAUUUUACACAGUUCUCCUGUUUUUUUUCAAUUCUUAUUCCUCAGUUUUCCCAUUAUAUUUGAUUAUUUAUUAUAGAUAUAGGCAUAUUUUAAUUGUUUAUAUGUAUCUUAUUUAACAUAAAAUGCUGUUUGCAUACAUUUAUAUCUUCUUCAUCUUUUGGCUAUCAAGUAUUCCAUCAUUCUAUUCAUCUGCUCUUUCCUAUACUACAUCAUAGCUCUUAUGUUGAUGAUAAUUUUGUGUUUUUCCCUAAAAAUAAAUAAAUAAAAUUAUACCUAGGUUUAGAUAUCAACGAUUUUUGCAGUUUUCUGCCAUGAGAUUUGCUUUAUAUAAGAUCAACAGCCUCGACCUGCUCCCAAACCUAACAUUAGGAUUUCAAGUCUAUGACUCAUGUACAGGGCUUCAUCAAGAGCUGGAUGGUACCCUAAAAAUGCUUACGGGUCAGAGGGAAGGAAUCCCAAAUUUCUCCUGCAAGAAUCUGUCUCCUACAGUCUCAAUUAUUGGACACUCAACCUCUACCUUCUCUAUUAUCAAUGCCCACAUGCUGGGAUUAUAUGGAUAUCCUCAGGUAAGAAGUAUAAUGAUAGCUUUGCAUGGUUCUAAAGCUACGUAUACUGUUUGUACUUGUUGGACUUGUUUUGUGUACACCGUAGAAAGGGACAGACUGAGAGCCUUCUGGGCCCCUGGGCAAAAUUACCUCUUGGACCCCUUGAAAUAUAUAUAUAAUGUUGGUUCUUGCACAUACAUGCACAAAGACAAGCUCACUACACAAAUCUCACUACAGACAGCUCACACUAGCAUACACAACAAGCUCAUUACAGACAGCUCACUGAUAUGUACACAAUGUCACUACCCACAAGCUCAUUGUUACAUUCACAAGCUCAUUCACAGACACACAAGCACACUUCUAACAAAUCACUACACAUGAGCUCACCCACAGACAUUCAAGCUCACUAUAGAAAAAGCACUACACACAGCUCACUACAGAAAUCUUACUGACAACAUGCAAGCUCACUGACACACAUACACAAGCUCACUAAACACAAGCUCACUGAAACACAGACAAGCUCAAUUACACAUUCACAAGCUCACUCACAGACACACAAGUUCACUACUGAAAAAUCGCUUUACACAGCUCACUACCGAAAUCUCAUUACACACAAUCUCACUCACAGACAUUCAAGCUCACUAUAGAAAUAAUCACUACACACCGCUCACUACGCUCACUAUGCACACCAAGCUCACAACAGAAAGCUCAUUGAUACAAGCUCGAAACAAACCUCUAACUACACACAAAGUCACACAGUUCACGGGGACACACAAGCUCACUACAGAAAACUGACACACACAGACAAAAGCUCACUACACCCAAGCUUACUGACAUACACACACAAGCUCACACAUCUCAUUACCGACAGCUCACUCACAUGCACACAAUGUCACUACACACAAGCUCACUGACACAGUUCACUAAACACAAGCUAUUUGACACACAAAUACACAUACACACAAGCUCACUAAACAGAAGCUCACUGACACACACACAAGCUCACUAGACACAAGCUCACUGAUACUCACAAGUUCACUAAACACAAGCUCUUUGACCCACACAGACAAGCUCACUACACACACAAGCUCACUAAACACAAGCUCACUAACACACGCAAGCUCACUAAACACAUUUUUGACACACACACAAGUUCACUACACACACAAGCUCAUUGACACACACACAAGCUCAGUGACACACAUACAAGUUAACUAAAUACAACAUCUCUGGCACACACACAAGCUUACUGACACACACAAGCUCACUAAACACAAGCUCACCAAAUACACUCAGGCUCACUAACACUCACACAAGCUCACUGACACACACACAAGCUCAUUAAACACAGACUCACUACACACAUGCUCACUGACACACACACACACACACACACUCAAGUUCACUAAGCACAGACUCACUACACACACACUCACUCAAACACACACACACACACACACACACAAUCUCACUAAACACAAACUCACUAAACACAAGCUCACUACACACAGGCUGACUACACACAAGCUCACCGACACACACAUGCUCACAACAUGCAUACAGAAGAUCACUAGCACACAAGAUCACACUGUCACUCCCCCUCUGCUGCUGUGGAUGGAGAGCUGGAUGCCUGGAACACAGGCUGUACCUUACAGCAUAGACAGGUUGGAGCUGGGGGUGGAGCUUAGGUGUUGCUGGUUCCUGCAGCUUGUGCUGCACGUGGGAGAAGCUUACAGGGGCCCAUAGGGGGUUUACCUUUGACUCCACAGAGGGGAGGGGCUAAGGGAGGAGGAAAUUCCCUCCUCUUCUACAAACAUAGCGCUCUCCUGCUGGGGAAGUUUAUCAGAGACCAGGUAAGGUGAGUUUCCUGCAGGUUUCACACUGCAUUGCUGCCUUAUUUAACACUGGGCUGGUUGGGGAGAUCCUCUGAUCUCCCCAGCCCAGCAACAGCAGCUCCAAGCCCCUGACUGCCACGGGCCCUCAGUCCAUGACCGCUGUACCGGAGUGAUCAGUCUGUCCCUGAGCAUCGAAGUCUAUAAAUAGCAAAAAAUAGUUUAGAUGAAAUCUAUGAUAUAGUACUUGAUUUGGUCUCAAAACAUUUUAGUCUAUAAAGUUGCAUUUUGUACACACUGUUUUUAUAUACAAACAAUAAAAAAUUGACAAAAUGCACUUAAAUCCGAUUUUGAUUUUUCACCUUAGAUUAGUUACUUAUCAACCAGCUCUAUCCUGAGUGACAAAACACUAUUCCCCUCAUUCUUCAGGACUGUACCAAGUGAUACCUUUCAAUCCAAAGGUCUGGCACAACUUGUGUUAUACUUUGGCUGGACCUGGGUUGGGUUGGUGGCUGUGGAUGAUGACUAUGGGCGUCAAGGGAUUCAGUUCAUUAAGCAAGAACUCCUCAGGGGUGGAGCUUGUGUGGCAUUUACAGAAUAUAUAUCACCAAAUAAUUUGGAACAUAUCUCCCAUGUGACAAAAAUCAUCAAAGGAUCCACCGCCAUGGCUGUCAUUUUGUUUGCCAAAGAUACUGACAAAGUUGUCUUUAUGGAAGAGAUGUUGAGGCAAAAUGUAACAGGUAAAAUCUUUUUUGCCAGUGAAGCUUGGUCAAUUUCAAACUUGUUUACAAUGGCCAAAUAUUCUUCACUACUCUCUGGAACAGUUGGAUUCUCAUUUCAUAGCUCAACAAUCCCAGGAUUUAGAGAAUUUGUUAACAGUAUUCAACCCUUUAGUACGAGACAGGAUCCAUGGACUAAAAUAUUCUGGGAAAAAGUGUUUGAGUGUAAAUUUGUUGACCAAACAAUUCUCACAGAUUCAUGGAAUAAGUCAAGAUUGUGUACAGGAAAUGAGAGCAUAGAAAGUAUCCAGACUAUUUUCUAUGAUAUAUCAAACAUAAAUGCUGCAUACAACAUUUACAAUGCAAUCCAUGUCAUAGCUCAAUCGUUACGUGACAUGCAAACCUGCCAAGAGAACAAAGGACCAUUUACUAAUGGCAGUUGUUCGGACAUCAGUUUUAAGCCAUGGCAGGUAACGACCUCUCCAGAACUCAAAUACCAUGACCUAAAUACAAUAUUUUAUUAUAAGCUUUUCAAGUGCAAAAUAAUAACCCCAACGAGAAAGUGUGAGUUAAAGCACUUUAAUAAGUGUAAUAGAUUAACAGCAGCUCAAAACAACACUUGUGUGGGUAUGCCUCCUUACCUCUACUCAAAUAUAGUACAAUGUAAAAAUAUAUGUGAAAAAAACUUUAAGAAUAUAGUUGAGUGCUAUGAAAUAAUUGUCUUACUUUUUGAAAUUUUUUGAAUAAGUGAGUAAUUCACAAUGAGAACUUGAAAGACACAAAACCGAAAAAGUGCAAAUGUUAAUACAAAAGUGGCAAUAUAAAUGUGUUUAAAGCCACUCACAUUGGUUAGAGCCUAUAUGAUUGGCUCAAUUCUCUGCACAAUCAUACUUUAUUGUCAGCCCCACACCUAUGUUCAUAAAGAGUACAGAAAGAUGAUGGUAACCUUGUUCUGGCUGGCGAUAGGAAGAGACGUUCUGCAAAAAGCCUUAAUAUCACUUCCAGAAGCUGUAAGUAAGGGCUAACAUUCUUCAGGAAUGCUCAGUGGUGGAUUACCUCCAUGUGACCCCAGAAGAGGUCACAAAAAAAAGAUGGAUUGUUGGGACAGAAGAACAUUGAGGCAGCAUAACAGAGAAACAUGUCUUAGUAAGGAUUUUAUCAGACUUUAAUUAAGUGUAUGCUUUUAAUUUUAUUAUUAUUAUUAUUAUAGUCUCAAAAAAUAUUGGAUUAGCACAUGUGGUUUGUCAGCAUAAAUUCCAUGUUUCAGGCAGCAGUAGAGGUCACCUUAUUAUUGGCACUAUGCUUUUCGGCCAGGGAUGCAUUGGGCCAGAGUCAUAACUAGAAACCACGGGGCCCCGGUGCGAAAAUUGCCCUGCCUCCCCCCCUCUGUAUGUCAAUCCCCCCUCCACCCUCCUCCCAUACGUCUAUCGUCCCCCACCCACAUGUUAGCUCCUCACCCCACACAUGCAAACAGAUACACAUGUAGACACACAUACAUACAGACACAGACAAACAUACACACACAUACACACAUACAGACACACAGUCAUAUAUACAGACAGACACACAUACAUACAGACACACAGACAGACAUACACACAUAUACAGACACACAUACAUACAUACACACAGACAGACACGGAGACAGACAUACAUACACACACAUACACACACACAGACAGGCAUACACACACACAGACAUACAGACAGACAGACAUACAACACACACUCACAUACAGACAGAUAUACACACAUACAUACACUCACAGACAUACAGACAGACAGACACACACAUACAGACACAUAGACAGACAUACACACAUACACACUCAUACAGACACAUAGACAGACACACACACACACACAUACAGAUACACACACACUCACAUACAGACAGACAUACACUCACAUACAGACACACAUACCUUCCCCUGGGGUCCAGUGGUGGCUCAGGCUGAUGGGAGUCAGAGUUCCCAGUCUGACUCCCCCUCCUUCAACCCGCGUGGCUCCCAGUGGUUGUUGGGAGGAAGUGACCGGGGAAGUCACUUCCUCCCAGUCUCUGACAUCAUCAGAGGGGGUCCGGUCGCACUGUUAAUGCGCUGAUUGGGCCCCCAGGAAUUACAUAGCAUCGGGUGACCCGAAUAGCAUGGGCCACCCGAUGGGCCCCUUCAAUGCGACCCCGGAGGUUAUACCGUGCAGGCAGAGGCCACAUUACUCAGCUGGCGGGACCCGCAGUCACAGGGGUCUGCAGGGUGGCUGGGCUUCCUGAAGUGAGGGGCCGGGUCGCAGCUGCGACCCCUGCGACCGCGGUAGUUCUGCCACUGCAUUGGGCUCUGAAUAAGGUGGGGUUUAUACUAAUUACCACCUAAAACCAAAAUCUAAUUCCUACUACACUAUUGGUACCCCUUCUGUGUCUUGUGUUUCUUUUGAGAUUUGGGAGUGACUUUUUGAAGAUAGGAUGGUUGUGCCAAAAAAACACAAUUGCAUAGAGGAUUAAGCCAACCAUAUUGGCUCUAAUCAAUGUGAGUGGAUUUAUACACAUUUACAUUGCCACUAUUAUUACCAGUAUUACCAUUUGCACUAUUUGCUUUUUUUUUAUUUUUUAUUAUGAAUUACCCACUUACCCAAAACUUGCAAGACAAUUAUUUUUUAGUGUUCAACUAUAUUCUUAAGGUGUUUUUCACUUGCAAGAUAUUUUUUACAAGCUUUUCAAAUUAUUUCAUAUUUUUGGAUAAAUGUUUUUAUUAUUUUUUCAAAUUAUUAAAAUAUCCUGGAAUAUCAAAAUAUGAAAAUAUAUUGUUUUUAAAUAUUAAUUAGUUUGAUAAUUUAUCAAAAAACAUUAAAUCGAGGAUUAUGUAUGUAGCAGAAUGCACACAACCCUUGAUUUUAUAUUUUUGGAUAACAAAUAAUGUAAUCAUCAUGGAAGCUCCCAUGUCAUAGCCUCCUAGAGAGACUUGAAGGCUAGCCUCAUGCCCACAGACCAUGGAUCCCAUCACUAUCUUUAAAAUGAUGUAUAGCAUGUCGGAGUACAUUGUGUUAUUGUUGAGUUAUUCUGUAAAAUGUUGAACUGGAUUAAAGCUAUUGUGUUAAUUAUUAGAUUGUGGAAUGCAUCAUGGUGUCCAGCUGAUAAUUACAUUAUCAUGUCUUAACCUAACUAUAUCCCAGACACCAAGACAAUAGAGAGUGGUUUGCAUUGUUCUGGCUAAAGACAACCUCUUGUGUGCAGUGGUAUGAAUAGAUAAACAGUUCUCUUAUUUUACCCAACACAACCAGUCUUGUCCACAAUACUGGGGAAUUGUACAAGGUUCAAGAGAGAAAAAAAAAUCACUUUUCCUGUAGUUUAUAAUCACUGUAUGCUGUAGCUGAAUCCAGGACCUGCAGAGGAUUGCAGAAGCGGCAACCAAGGACCUAAGGGAUUUUCCUACCUGUGACAGUAAUAUUUUUGGAUAAAUGUUUACAAUGAUUGCUUUUUUCAAAAUAUUAAAAUAUCAGAAAACACAUGAUAUUUAUAUUAAAAAAGUAUCAAUACAUAAAAAUGUAUCAAAUUAUUACAACUUUAAAGUAUUUUCGUAAUAUUAAAUCAUUUUAAAAUGUUAUCCCAAAAUAUCAAAUCGUUUAAAAGGCUUAUUAAACAAUAAAAAAGUAGGUUAUGCACUCACUAGGUAACCAAAUGUGAGGCAGCAGUGAACCAGCAGGAUUUCCCAAUACCUGCUUAUAGUGGACUGACAUGUAAAAUAGAUAAAGUGGUAAACCGUGCCAAAAAGUGCUCAAAAGUGCAAAAUAAAUCUGUUAUACAUACAUAUUAAUCUUGGCUAAUAUAGCAUGGUAAAAUCCUCAGGGGAAACAGAAAAAAACAAUAGAAUAAUAGUGCAAUAUGCUAUAACUAAUAGACACAAAUGUACAUAAAAUUCCAGAUAAAAGGAAAACUCGCAAUUUGCAGAGCUACUAAGAGCUCUGCUGUAUAGCGCCUGGACGGUAUAAUCCCCGUCUUGAGAAAUGUAGAUAUUGGCUAUAUGGGAUAUCCAGAAUCAGCAACCAUAUAUGGGAAGAAAAACAAAAUACAAGAACCAAUGGGACAGUAUAAAAGCCAAAAUUGGAAGAAUAAAAUAUAAAUAUCCUACUUACAAUAUCCAGAGCAAUGACUUGCUCUGGUGUUGGUAGCUUGUGGUAGUAUGAUCCCCACCAAAGGAUAUAAGCAUAUAACAGGAAUCCAGCAGCACCAGGAAAAGAUUAUGAAAACCAGAAGAGGAUUGGAUAAAAAAAAAAAGCUUGACUUUAUUAAUAAAAUCAAUAUAAAGUAAAUUUCAGCUUCCAGUCCUUCACUUGACGUGUUUCGCCCGGGUUUGGGCUUUAUCAAAAGUGUGGAUGUACUUGGAAUUCCCCCAGACUUUUAUAAGUGGUCUUGAUUAUUAAGUUAAACAAUAUUAACCCCUUAAGGACAGAGGACAGACCCCUCCUGCACCUCUAACUAAUGUCCCAUAUCCCUUCUCCCUUUUUCCUUGAAACAUCUGGGAAGACUUGUCUUUGCCUGUGUGUCUCACUGCCUCAAUUCCAACUCUCUCCUUGACCCUCUUCUAUCUGGCUUCCACCUUCUCCACUCUACUGAGGCUGCUCUUAUCAAAGUUACUAACAACCUAAUCGCAGCUAAAUCCAAAGGCCACUACUCCGUACUAAUUCUUCUUGACCUCUCUGCUGCAUUUGACACCGUUGAUCAUGCUCUCCUUCUUCAAACUCUUUAAUCACUCGGUCUCUAUGACUCUGUCCUCUCGUGGUUUUCCUCUUAUUUCCUCCAACGCUCAUUUAGUGUCUCCUUUUCUAAUACUUCCACCCCCCUCAUCCUGUCUCGGUUGGAGUCCCCCAAGGCUCUGGCCUUGAUCCCCUUGUAUUUUCUCUCUAUACCGCCUCUCUUGGCAAACUCGUUACCUCUUUUGGAUUCCACUACCACCUGUACGCUGAUGACACCAAGAUGUACCGCCCCUUUUUUAACACCAGAUGCAUCUAAGGUGCUGGUCCAUGCUGUUGUUCUCUCUUGCCUUGACUACUGCAAUACCCUUACCAGAUUGCACAGCUGCAAUAAUCUACUCCCACCUACCUAUCCUCCCUAAUACAUAAGUAUGUCCCAUCGAGGCCCCUACACUCUAGCAAAGAUCUAUGUAUAUCCUCUCUCCAUACUCCUACCUCUAAUGCUCGCCUCCAAGACUUCUCCAGGGCUGCACUUCCUCUGUGGAACUCCCUUCCCGUCUCGGUAAGAAUUUCACUCAGUCUCCAUUGAUUCAAAAAAAUCAUUGAAAACUCACUUCUUCAAGAAAGCAUAUCAAUUAAAUUGUUAGCAGGUUUUUCUCCCCCACCCCCCAUGACUCCUUUCCCGCAACUGUAAAAAUUACCUACGAAGCACUCAGUGAAUACUUUUCUAACAACCUACUUCACACCCCUACUUUUACCCUAUGUGUCACUAUACCCCACUCCCUCUAGAAUGUAAGCUCAUUGAGCAGGGUCCUCCACCUCUCUGUUCCUCUACGUCCCGUUGUCUGGUUACAAUUAAAUGUCUGUUAGUCCACCCAUUGUACAGCGCUACGGAAUCUGAUGGCGCUAUAUAACUAAUAAAACAAAAUAAUAAUAUAUCUCUCCUCCCUGGACCUCUCCCCUGCCAUCCUGCAACGUGUCACUGCUUGCCUAUCUUCCAUCUCUGACUGGUUGUUCUCCCGCUUUCUGAAACUCAAUCUCUCUAAAACUGAGUCUUUCCUCCUCCUAUUACUGACCCUCCUCUUUCACUCUCCCUUCAUGUAAAUCCAUCCUUGCAAGCGCUCUGUCUUGGCAUCAUACUUGACUCUGGCCUCACCUUUGAACCUCACAUCCAGUAUGUUGCCAAAUCCUGUAGAUUCCAUCUUAAGAACAUAGCCUGCAUCUGGUUCUUUCUUACACAAGAUGCUACCAAGGAGCUUAUCCAUGCUCUAGUAAUUUCCUGCAUGGAUUUUUGUAACCCGCUCCUAAUUGGUCCUCCCAAAAGCCAUAUUGACCUGCUACAGUCUGUAAUGAAUGCUGCCACCAGACUGAUUUUCCUCUCUAGUCGGUCCUCUCACAAUUCACCCCUCUGUCAAUCCUUACAUUGGCUUCCUGUAUCCUAUAGAAGUCAAUUCAAAGUGCUAACUCAUACCUAUAAAGCACUGGACAACUCUAUCCCUCUUAUAUCUCAUAUCUGAUAAUCCACCUCACAGGUGUGGCAUAUCAAGAUGCUGAUAAGACAGCAUGAUUAUUGCACAGGUGUGCCUUAAACUGGCCACAAUAAAAGGCCACUCUAAAAUGUGCAGUUUUAUCUCUAAUCUCUCUCCUUCCCCUACCAAUACUCCCUCCAACCCCACUUGCUCCACUGUUCUAUGCUCAUUAGCACCCACAACACUGGAAGACAUAUUUACUCUUCUUUGGUCUUCCCAACCCACCACCUGUUUCCUCGAUCCUAUUCCCUCAUAUCUCAUCUACACCCUAUCUUGUUCUCUUUCUCUGCUUCUCACUAUAAUUUUCAAUAUCUCCUUCACAGCCUCUAAAGUGCUAGUAUUUUAUGUUUUUCUUUAGUUUGUAACUACAUUUUAGAAAAUGUUGGAGGUUUUGGGGGCUUUUGUCUAUCUGUUUGUUUGUUUUUAUUGAACUUUAGUGUGGUUAUAAUUUCUAGUGAUAAUUGUAUAGUUCAUUGUUCAUGCUUGUAAAUAUGACUUUAUUUUCAGUAUCAGGUUGGAGCACACUUGUUAAAUUAUGAUACGUAUUUACUUAGAAAAUAGUUAUUAUCCAGAAAACUUUACACAGUGAUUAUUCAGAUGUAGGGUUGCAGACAAAGGGAAUUUAUAAUUAAUGUCUAUGGUUCAUAUGUCAUCUCAAUAAAAUCCGUGAAUGAUACUGUUGGUACCCUUUAUCUGGUUCACAGCUGUCUCACUACAUCCAGAAUGUUAAAGUGAAACUAAGUAAUGGAAGAGAAUUGUUCUUUGACCAAAAUGGAGACCCACCUGCCGUGUAUGAUAUAAUAAACUGGCACAUGAAUACAGAUGGCACAAAAAGGCAUGUGAAAGUGGGCAGCUAUGAUACUACUCAGGCCAACGGGAACAGCUUUCUUAUCAAUACAAGUGCGCUGAUAUGGGCAUCUGGCCAACAACAGGUAAAAAAAAAAAAAUUAAAUUCUCAAUAUUAAUAAAUCACUAUAAUCAUCUACGGCCCUUUGCAAUGGGCAACCAUGAAACAGAACUAGAAGGUGACAGUAGAGCUUUAUACAUACGGGGCUGAGAUUAAAAACUGAGAGUCGUGUUCGAUGAGCCUUCAGUGUAACGAGCCUGAGGAUUCUUCAAUAGAGGUGUAUUUACAUAUUAUUAACGUACAGAUGAUGCCAUAUAUAGGUUAAAUUACAAUCCAGAGUUCGUAAAGGAUCGUUAACAAUGCUUGACAUUUGUUUGGAAUUGUGAGACAGGUUUUAAAGAGGUUACAAAAAUCAAGGACCAUUAGCCUAUCAUUUUACUGUUUAUUGUGAGAUAUGGGUCACUUUUUCACUAUUUUUACUCUUAUAGACCUUGUAAAUAUCUUUAAUACACACAUCUAGUGUUAGAAUUUAAUAAUAAAAAAUAAUCUAUUCAAAUUACUACUUUGAUCAAAUUUUACCAAAAUUUACCAAUAUGGGAUAAAAAGAAGCUACUAUCUGAAUAAUGUUACUAAUGUAUGUUUGUAAAGCUUGAGGCAUCAGAAGACUAUUUUAUGACAAUACCAUGACUAUUUAAUUCCUGGUAGCUUCCUGAGCAACGUUAGUCUUGGUCUCCUCUUCUCCUAUCACUUGUAUCUCACUCCCCUACCUAUGAUCUCCCAUACACCACAAUGUGCAAACUGUGACAAAAAAAUUCUUCACUUCUCACCAGCAAAUAUAUGUAUGCAAAUUGGGAUGCUGUAUCUUAUUUUUUUUUAUACAUAUAUUGGCUUAUGGUCUCCCAUGACUUACUGGGAAAGAUGAAUGUGAGUACAGUUUUUGCAAGAUGUUCAUGUUUGAUUUCCACAUGAAAUUUUCUGUCAUAACCAAUGUGAUAGCAUUAAAUAUGUAAGUGACACCCACAUUUUUCCAUCAAAUUUUCAGCAAUGUUUUUGAUAAUUUUUGUCUCUGUGUAUAAAAUCAGUAGGAAUUUUUUCAUUUGUUGCUUUUUUUCGCUUAUCAUUUUAGAAUAUAAACAAUUUUUUUAUUUGUGGCAUAAACGAUCUAUGAUUAUUUCUACUGCUUUUAUAAAUACAAUCAAAAUAAUGACAAAAUGCAACCAGCAUGUUUUUAAAUCAUUUAAUUAUAAAUUGUCCCUUUCAACCCCCUAGAAAAAAUCACUAACAAACAAAAAUAUCCAAAUUCAGUAGGAAUUCCCUGGAACAAAGAUGAUGGACAAUAAUGGCUUAAUAAGGACCAUGUCAAAUUAUUACACCUUCUCACAAGGUCCAAUUGAAGAGCCAACUGACCAGCAAAACAAGUGUCAAAGAGCCAGUGUUAUACUCUGAUCCAUAUUAUUUAAUUACUUCCUAGACUUUCUUUUUACCUGGGCCUUUUGUUUUUAGAAACUAAUUAUUUUCAUUGGAUAUAAUGCUAGUUAUGAAAGGGUUUAGUUAAUUUUCAUGACUUGACGUGUGGACACGGACAGAUGGAUAGAAGUAGCUGCCCAUGAAGGCACAGUAGUGAAAGAGCAAAUGUAUUAGACAAUGAGUUUAGAUUAAAAUUGAUAAAGGGCUAUAUAUAGAUUUUCUCAACCUUCCUGAGUGGUGUACAUUUUUGUCUAGUCCUCAUUCUUGGAUCCCCUACUAGAGGCCUGGGAGUCUGAGGGUUCUGUGCAGUAUUUUAUCGGUUCCUAGAACUGCAGUCUUCUGGACAGCAAUCCCAGCUGUCCACGUCUAUUAAUCUGGUGCUAUGUUUUGUUACUAUGAUGCUAGGAUUAGUGCUUCAGGGCUGUCACUCUGUCCAACCACUGAUAGGAUAUCGCAAUGUGAGCCACAUCCACUAUCUGCUGGAGGUACAACCCGUGGAGAGGCAUGUCUUUCCAUGGAACCUUCUCUUUUCCUGUAUCCUAUAUCUGUGGUUGUCUCAGGCAUUCCUUUAGCAGUCCAUGUUUGGGAGCCAUCUUCACGAUGUACUUGUGGAUGCAUUGUGUUUCAUCUGGGACUCUACCCUUGACACUCAUCAGGCACAGAUCUCCUUCCUUCCGGCUGGUGUUCAGUCUCUGAGUGUUUGAUUCCAGGUGGAAUUCUCAAUUUGUUUCAAAUAUUUGGACACUGACACAAUUUUCAUAAUUUUUCUUUGGUUCUGUAUGCCACCACAAUGGAUUUGAAAUGAAACAGCCAAGAUGCAACUGAAGUGCAGAAUUUCAGCUUUAAUUCAAGGGGUUGAACAAAAAUAUUGCAUGAAACGUUUAUUCCAUGGGGACAAAUGUAAUUAGACAAAUUAACACAAUCAUACAUAAAAUGUCAAUCUUUACUUUUUCAAGAAUCCUUUUAAGGCAAUGACUGCUUGAACCCUGCAAUGCAUAGACAUGACUAAACAGCUUUGUGAUGCUUUUCCAGGUCUUUGCUGCAGUUUUCUUCAGUUGUUGUUCAAGGGUUUUUCUGCCUUACGUUUUGACUUCAGCAAGUGAAAUGCAUGCUCGAUCUGCUUGAGAUUAACUUAGCCAUUGCAGAAUAUUUAACUUCUUUGCCUUAAAAAAACAUGGGUUGAUUUUACAGUAUGUUUUGAGUCAUUGUCCAUCUGUAAAGUGAAGGACCAUCCAACCAACUUUGCUGAAUUUGGCUGAAUCUCAGCAGACAAUAUAUCCCUACACACACUUCAAAGUUUAUCAGGCUGUUUCUGUCACAUCAUCAAUAAACACUAGUGAGCCAGUGCCAUUGGAAGCCAUGCAUACCGAUGAGAUCACACUGUCUCCACCGUGUUUCACAGAUUACAGUGGUAUGUUUUGGAUCAUGAGCAGUACCAAGCCUUCUCCAUACUUUUUUUUCAGUCAUUCUAGUACAGUGUAAACUUAAUUGUAUCUGUCCAAAGUAUGCUGUUCCCGAACUUGGCUUUCUUCUUUAACUGUUUUUUUUGACAAAGUCUAAUCUGUCGUUUCUACUCCUCUACUAAAAGCUUAUGUGGUGCACCCUCUAUACUUGCUCUGAUGAUGCCUUCUCUUUAUAUAUUUUAAAUGAUAUGCAUACCUCCUAGAGAGUGCUCUUCACUUGGUUCGAUGUUAUGAAGAGGUUUUUCUUUACCAUCCUACAGCCAUCCACCACUAUUGUUUUCCAUGGAUGUCCAUGCCUUUGCGUUGCAGAGCUCAUCAGUGUGUUCUUUUUUUUAUCAGAAUGUACCAAACUGUUGAUCUGGCCACUUGUAAUGUUCAUGCUAUCUCUCUGAUUGAUUUUUUUUUUCAGCCUAAGGGUGGCCUGUUUCACUUAAAAGCUUCUUUGCCUGCAUGUUGUGGGUUCAGAGCAACAGCUUCCAAAUGUGAAUGAACCCCAGACUUUUUAUCUGAGUAAACUUGUCAAUUGUCCAAUUACGUUUGGUCCAUUGAAAAACAGAGGGCUAAAUAUUCCUAAACCCUUCAACCAUAUUUUUACCCAAUUUAUUUUGGCAAACGGCUCAUAUACCAAAACUCGUCUUAGUGUCCAAAUACUUUCAAACCUAAGUGUAUAUAUAUUUUUACUGCUUCUCGUAUUUCUCACUUCUCACAUGACUUGGAAUUCUGUAAUUCCGCCACCAGCCCAAAUUAGUUUGAAUAGCAGUUUAGUUUGAAACGAAUAUCUAAGUCUAAUAAGUUAUUUAUGUAAGAAAUAAUGGAUUGCUGUGUUUUUAUCCUGCAGGUACCUGUCUCUGUCUGUACCCAAAGCUGUCUUGUUGGUUUUAGAAAGGUGUUACGGAGGGAUUUGCCUGUCUGUUGUUUUGAAUGUAUUCUCUGUCCUCUGGGCCAGAUUUCUAACAAGACAGGUAAGUGUUGUAGCGGAUGGCACCAGGCGACCCUACAAAACUACUGUAUAAAGCUGCAUCCGUGUAUCUGCUGUAUUUUCUGUGUAUUAAAAAGAAUUGUAUUCCUCUGAUUGUUCGGUAGUUUCAUUCCCUUAGUUUAUUCGAAUGAAACUACCGAACAACCAGACCUCCCCUGUGUGAAGUGUGUCCUCAAUUACCCGUUGCAACAUUGUUGCGAACGGGUAAUUGAACAGUAAGUAGCCGUCUUUUGUUCUCGGGGGUGGCCGCCAUUCGACAAACGAACACGUGGCGGCGGCCAUUUUAAAACUCCCGAACAGCGGUGUUUUGCCAUCGAGUGUCUGGUACUAAAAUCGGACACUCGAGUAGGCGAACACCGCUGAGACCUCCACAGCCCUGGUCCGUUCGGUUCCAAACUACCGAACGGCCCCUCGUUCGGUAGAUAGAGAAUACCGAACGAGGGGAUUCAGGUGAACUCUCCCUAGACUCUAUAGCUAGAGGCUUUCGUGUAUUUUAUUCCCUUAUGCCAGGACCGACCGCAAGGCCCAUUCACAUGGAACCGAAUUCGGCUAUCUCAGUUCGUGCGGUCGGUCAUUUUAUUCCCUCCAUACUUUUCCCGAACCCCUGGUCUGAUCUGGGUGAUUUUUGGAUAUGUUGUUCACCCAGAUCAGGGCUAUCCAGGGGAUGUAGGAUUUAAAGAGGUACCCCUACGUUUAGGGGUACAUCCAGAAAUGGGGGGAAUUGGUGUGCUGGAUAAGGGGAUUAUGAUGCUGGCUGAGGGGAGGAGAUGUGUGGGAGGUUACCAGGACAGGAUUGGCUACUGUAAUAAUUACUGUAAGUCCCUCCCUUGCAUGGGAGCAUGCUUUAUAAGGAGACUGUGAUUAAAGGCUUGUCAGUUAUGCUCCUGAAACUGUGUGUCGUCCAGUUAUUGGGAUUGCUGUUGGGAUAUUGCUGUAUUUUACCUGCUGGAAACCCGGCCUUUGGAAUUACUAUUUACUUGUUCCUGAGUCUCACUUGGAUUAUAAGCGGAGAUAACCUGGGUAAUAUUGCAUCUCCGCUACAAGUGUAUUCAAGGGAACAUUAUUAAUUCAGUUUAUGGAGUGACAACAUUUUUGAAAUACUGACUAUCAUCAUGCCUUGUUAUUUAGGUACAAAUUAAAAAAAUUAAAUAAAUUGACAUGCUUGCCGCAAUGUAUUUGGGUUCCGUGGAGUAGUGGUGGGCUUAGCAUAAUAUGGUGGAACUGAAUCCUAAUAUAUGUUUUCCUGAGAUAGGUGAUGUAAGGAAACCUGGUAUAUACAAUACCCAUUCGGUAGUUUCUUCCUGAACGGCCAGAGUAGUAGUGAAUUAUAACUCUCCGUUCGACGAAAUAAAAUAAGUAAUUCCCAUGCGAACAACAGCUUCCCAAGUAGAUUCCCUUAGUAAUGCAGACAGGUACCCAAACAUCAGCCGAAGUCUAGAUGAAGACAUUGGCGUACUUACCACGGUCGCAGGGGUCGCAAUUGCGACCGGGCCUGGCCCACCAGAGGGCCCAGCCGCCCUGCGACCCAGUAUGUACGCCAGUUUGCCAGCCUAUUCUCCUGGGGGGCCCAGGAGCUGGCCACCUUUAGGGCCCCCCCAAGGCUGGAAAUGGUGUCACUGGAUGCGCAAGGGAGCAUUCUCUCCCUUGCGCGCACCGCACUGAUGCCGGAGCAAGAAUAUGAUGUCGUUCUGGCUCCGGCAUCAGUAAGUCGCGUGCGAGGGAGCUGAACAGGAGGCUCAGUGCUCCUUUGCCACCUGCAGGAUCGGCCGGUGGGCAGCCCCACUGGACCCUAGGGAAUACCCUCAGUACUCCCAAAGGUAGGGAGGCUGGUGGAUUACAUUUAAAAAAAAACAUGUGUAUGUGUGUUAGUGUUAGAGAGUGUGUGUGUGUGUGUGUUAGUUUUUGUGUGUCACUCUGUGUGUCUGCUAGUGAGUGUCAGUGAGUGUUUUAAUUGUGUGUGUGUGUGUUACUGUGUGUGUUAGUUUGUGUGUGUCUGUUAUUGAGUGUGUGUCUGCUAGUGAGUGUCAGGGUGUGUUAGUCAGUGUGUUACUGUGUGUGUCUGUUAGUGUGUGUGUGUGUCUGUUAGUGAGUCUGUUGAUGAAUGUGUGUUUGUCAGUGAGAGUGUAUGUUUUGUAAGUGAGUGUGUAUUUGUGUCUGUCUGUCAGUGAGUGUGUAUGUAUGUCUGUCACUGAGUGUGUCUCUGUCAGUAAAUGUGUGUGUCUGUUAGCUAGUGUGUAUGCAUUGGUUCGUGAGAGUGUGUGUGUUUAAAACUCCUUCAAAACUUACCUUUCUCCAGCACCGGAUUCCCUUGGCGCUGGGGAUACCUCCGCCCCGAUCCGCCUCUCAGCUUCGAAUGUGCAUGCGCGGCAAGAGCCACGCGCGGAUUUCAAACCGUCCAUAGGAAAGCAUUACUCAAUGCUUUCCUAUGGACGUCCAGCGUCUUCUCACUGUGAUUUUCACAAUGAGAAUCGCGGAAGCGCCUCUAGCGGCUGUCAUUGAGACAGCCACUAGAGGCUAGAUUAACCCUCAGUGAAACAUAGCAGUUUCUCUGAAACUGCAAGUUUUCUGCUGCAAGGUUAAAACUAGAGGAACCUGGCACCCAGACCACUUCAUUGAGCUGAAGUGAUCUGGGUAUCUAUAGUGGUCCUUUACGUGUAUGUGUAUCUGCAUGCACUGGCGUACAUCCCGCGGUCGCAGGGGUAGCAGCCCUGUGACCAGUUGCCUGCCGCAAUGUGUUGCGGCCCUGGCCCAUGCUGAGUAAGCGUGGAGGGGUGCCCAUGGAUCAAUUUUCGCACCGGGGCCCCAUGGGUCGUGUGUACGCCACAGGAUGAAGGGUAUAACAGAACUGAAGUUUAAUGAUGCCACACUGGCUUUUAUGCAAGACCUCCUAGACCUGGAGAUAAUUAAGGCUGAUAAAGUAAUAACUUCAUUAUCUCCAGGCAGAAAAAUCACAAUUUUCCCCAACUUUUAGAACACCCCUUAAAACAUAAGGUAUCCCCACAAAAGUCAUAUCCCCUAAUAGCCCUGAUCUGGGUGACCAACAUAUUCAAAAAUCACCCGAAUUUCAUGGAUGUCUUAUUGACCAGUUACCCACGAGGCUCCGGACAGUUCCACAAGUUUUAGUGGUUUUGCCGGACUUAUUCAAAAAGUCUUAAAAAGUGAAUAAAUCCACGAACAGUUCCCUCUGGCUCCUAGCAGCGAUUGUUCCCCUCAUUCGAAUGCACAAAAGUACCGAACAGCGCUCUUAUUGCUGUUUGGGAAAUGAAGAUCCAGCGUUCGUGUGUGUUGGAACGGUGUUCGGGAAGUCGAGUGUCCGAUUUUAGUUCCAGACACUCGACGACCAAGUCCUGCUGCCUUUGUUCGCACAAACAAGAUGGCCGCUCUUUUCUCAGCCACGUGGCGUUCGACAAUAUGAACGGUGGCCGCACAGGGAGAGGACUUAAUUGAGGUACGCUUUGAAGUUAACGAGCCAGGGUGGUGGUCUCUGUUCGGUAGUUAAAGCUACCGAUCGAAGGGAAAUAAAAUAAACGAAAUAACUUAGUGAUUUCUUCACAGGUGAGUUUAAGUAGCCUUAAGGUAAGAUUGUAUUUUAAUGUGUGAGUUGUUCUUUCAUCUGUGUAUUGUACAAAGGUUGGUCUUUACAACAGCAGCAUUGAUGAGAAAUGCAUGUUCUGUGUGUGACCCCAAUUCCCCUUUUCUCUUUACUAUAUAACUUUGGUGUCCAGACCAGAUUCUCUUUAGAAUGAGCAACCUGCCCCAAUCCCCCCCCCCCCAGCUUCAGAUGCCCCUUUGGAGGUGACCACAGGAAAGUAUGAAUUUCAGGUGGUUUUGAAAAAUGAUGUCACUUUAAUUAUAAUUUUCAUUUGGGUUAGAGCAGAAAUAUAAAAAAAGUAAAAAGGUAAACAGUAAAAAGUCAUAAUAAUAAAUAAUAAAGUGGGCUGCUACAUACGUAUGUAAGACCGAAAAUUUCCAUGAAAUACUCAGGACUAGUAUGUGCACUCCUUAUUAAUAUUGCUCAUAUAUAAAAAUGACCAAUUACAAGCAAUGUCUCUCAAAAGACAUAUAUUUAAUAAAGAAUAAUUAAAAACAGUGAUUUGAACACUAUACAGACUGAAUGACCAGUAUUAAAAUGCACCCUAAAUACACUGGAUAAUAUAGACAAUAAUGUGGUACUCAAAGCUGGAAAUCACUGACAAAAUUAUAAAAAUGAGACAGAAACCACUGACAGUGCACCUCACGCUAGGAAAUUGUAACAGUAUCACAAAAAAGAAGCAGCUUGUUGCAACCUAGCGUGUGGGUGCGCUGUAUCUGUUUGUGUCAAUAUCAAAAUAAUAAAAUAAAUGCAAAAACAGUAUAAGUAUGUAUAAUUAGCCACAUAUACCAGCGACUUAGAACACAACCCUAUUGAAACUCUGUGAACAGUGUGAAGAGUGCCUUAACCUUGGUGUGGGCCCCCACCUGAGGUGAAACCCCCCCCUUUUGACGCAGCAGGAGAUAGGACAGAGAAAAAUAAAAAUAGGACUGCCGAUGAAAAUGCUGACCGUUACUGAGCACUCAGCUCAGCCAUGGAGGAUAGACAGACCACUGGCAGCUGUGUGAAGUUGCAGGAACAUGGAGAAGGUGCUGGCUGAUGGAAUCCUGGUUCAGUAUACACCGUGGUCGGAAUCUUCAAAAAAGACCAUGGUGUGGAAUACCUCAGUCUCUCUGUAGAUGAUGAGAACACUGGAGACAGCUUAUACGUGACAUUGAGCAGAAAUAUGAUAUGCAUUGUGCGUACAGGGUGGCCCGUAAGUCCCUACACAGCCAUAUAUCUUAUGUAUCCAGUGUAUCUGUGCGCUGAAUGGGUAGGGAGUUAUGGGCCACCCUGUAUAUACAUCAAAGUACUAUCACAUUCAUUGUUUAGUUUUGACACUGCAUUUUUUGGAAUUGUGUUUAUCACAAUCAUCUUGCAUUUUAUAUAUAUCCACAAUGCAAUUGGCAACAGAUUAUUUAAAUACACUUUAUCUCAUUUAGCACUAGAGCUAUUUACUUUGUCUCCCACCUUGGAAUUAAAUUAGGACCCACUGAUAACAAGGUACUGUGGAGUAGUGGUGGAUUUAAAAUAAUAUGGCCAGAUGGUGGAACUGAAUCUCCCUGUUUGUUUGCUGACAUUUGUGAUUUUAAGUAGCUUUAGAAAAUGUAAAACUAUAUUUCUAUGUGUGUGCUGUUCCUUAUUGUUUAUUUUGUACAAAUUUUGGACUCUACGACACUAUUAAUAAAAAAAAGUUGUUCCCCCCCCCCUUCUUACCUUUAUCCUGGGAGGAGGGGGCGAGGAGAUCCGUUCUGCCAUCCUUCCCUAGUGGUCCAGUGGUGAGAGUGAACUCUAACCUGCAGGUUAGAGUUCACUCUCGCGAGAUCUGAACCGCGGCAACGCUCAGAAUCCCGUGAGAGGACCCGGCGAAGCUGCUGGUUAGAGCUCCGCCGGUCCUCUCCUGCCUCCCCAGCCUGCGGCCGCAUCUCCAUGCCUCUGGGCUGGUGAUGGAGAUCUUUGAUCUCCCCACCGGCCCACGGAGGCACAUAGCAAGGUCGGCGCUCGGAUAGCGCUGGCCCUGCAGGCCUCGGCCCCACGGCCAUUGCGGCCCACCAGGCUUUUGCCCGGUAUGCCCAAUGGCCAGUCCGGGCCUGAUUAGGUCAUUUUAUUAAUUAAAAUCUGCGGGACCUGCCUGACAACCCAGGCCGAAAGUCCAGGGAAUUUAAUUUGCUAGCACUAUAUUUAACCCUGUAUCUUAUAUAUAUAUAUCUAUAUAAUUGUUGUGAUACGUUUUAUUGUUUCGGAACACUAAUAUUUGUGUUCAGCGAAAUCUCCCAAGAGACACCCCUCCCUGUCACAGGUGCCUCACCCCAGGGCCCUAUUUAGCCUUGUACUGCAGAGAGCCCCAGAUGGAAUUUGUUCCCCAAGUAAGUGGGUUAAUCUCAUAAGAGCAGACAUUAGGCUGUUAAAGAAGGACCUGCCAAAGAUGGGGUACAUUGAUGUUGUGGCAGGCUUAUGCAAUGUUUGAUCAUAUAAUGUAAUUAAACCCCCAUUAUUUGUUGCCUAGAUUAGGUGUUUUUUAAAAAAAAAAAAGAAACUAAUAAAAUCUGUCAACAUUGAAGUUGCUGUUUAGUAGAUAAUUGAGUGUGCUGUCCAUUGUAUAUAUACAUAUAUAUAUACUGUCCAUUGUAUACAUUUACAUAAAAAGCCUGAAAGUAUGAUCUAAACACAGUUUGCAGAAGAGAUAGCACAUUAUUCUCAAAAACAAUGUAAAUAUUGCAACACACAUUUAUUUUCCAAGGCUUAGUUUUCUGGUAUGUUGAGCUGCCCUUAGCAGCCCUUACUUAAGAAUUAUGCAUCUGCUAUAAAAGCUUCAUUUUUUAUUAACUUGUUAACUUGUUAAAUAAUGUAUAACUUUUCUUUCAGAAAUAAAAAUUGCUAAUUAAAAAAACCUAGAAAUGUAUAAAUCAAAUAUUCUCAACAGAUGGCAAUUUAAAGGUUUUUUUCUCUAUAUGUUUACUUUUAGACUCACUUGACUGCUUCAAGUGUCCAUGGGAUGAGUGGCCAAGUCCCCAGAAAGACAGAUGUCUCCCAAAGAACAGAGAAUUUCUAUCCUUUAGAGAACCUUUAGGUGCUGCUCUAGUUGCUACAGGUGUUCUCUCGUCCUUGCUGCCAAUUUCCAUUUUUGGACUUUUCAUAUGUUACAAGAACACCCCAAUUGUUAAAGCAAAUAACUUCUCUCUGAGUUGUCUUCUUCUAAUGUCGAUGUCCCUCUGUUUCCUCAGCUCCUUAGCUUUUAUAGGUUACCCUCAGCCUGAGAAAUGUCUUUUACGACAAGUUGCAUUUGGCACAGUCUUUACCCUUUGUAUCUCUUGUAUUUUAGCCAAAACCUUCAUGGUGGUUUUUGCCUUUAUGGCCACAAAACCUGGAAGCAGUUUAAAGAAAUGGGCCAGACCUAGAGUUUCCUACAUAAUAAUAGCUUUAUCCAGCUUACUACAAAUAAUUUUGUGCAUCUUGUGGAUUUCAUUUGCCCCUCCUUUCCUAGCAGAAAACACUCAAACCCAACCAGGAAUUAUCAUUGUUGAAUGUAAUGAAGGUUCACCCACAGCCUUCUGGUCCAUGUUGGGAUACCUUAGUUUCCUGGCCACCAUCAGUUUCAUUGUUGCCUUCUUGGCCAGAAGACUUCCUGACAGUUUCAAUGAAGCCAAGUUCAUCACCUUCAGCAUGCUGGCCUUCCUCAGUGUAUGGGUGUCCUAUAUCCCGGCUUCUCUUAGUUCCACUGGGAAGUACUCAGUGGCCAUGGAGGUCUUUGCCAUUCUAUCUUCAAGCUGGGCCCUGCUGAUUUGCAUGUUUGUCCCAAAAUGUUUUAUUAUAUUGUUCCGAUCUGACAUGAACUCAAAGCAACAUCUCAUGGGAAAACUUAAAAUAUAA